CCCAACUCUUGGUUCCAGUCCGAGGGAGGAAAGGGAAUAGGAGAGAAAGGUAAAUUGUUCGUCUGUACGUGACUGAAGCUCUCCCAUUAGUCUCUUCCAUGUGAACCUGGAUAAGGAAGGGCUACCACUAUUUUGAUAUAUUCAUAAAAGUGAUUUUUUUUUUGUAGUUCUAGCUAUAUCUGAAAAUAUAACAAUGCUGUCUACUGUCUGUAUUUUUUUUUUUUUUUAUCACAUUCAUGCAAUCUAUUGUAAUAGGAAAUUGUUGGUUAUUAAUAAAUAUGACAAUAUUGCCCCCAUUUGCAUUCAUUUUGGGGCACUCAUAUCUUUGCAGAUCGUAUUUGCUGUGAUCUGUAAUGCAGUGUAUCUUAAUCUGACUGGGCUAACAGUAAUUUCUCAAUGUUAUAUCAGAACACUGUAAUUCUGACACUUAAGUCACAUUUCACUGUAUUAUUUUGCAGUUUAUUGUAUCUUCUCCUGCCACUGAUUCACCUGCGGGGCAUGAAGAGCUGACCACUAGAGCAUGCCAUCAAGCCCUUCUAGGCACAGUAAAAGUGAGUAACUACUGUCUGGGAGCACAUUAAUUUAUUUGGAUGCCCACAUGCAUAUGUGUGUGUGCUCUAGUACUGAACAAAUUAAAUGACAAUAGUUGGGUUGGGCCCCCUGUAGUGGUGUUCAAUUUCAAGAUGCAAGCUAUUGAGCCACAAUUAUUAAGCACCACUGAUGUAGAUGUGUAUGCUUACUCCCUAUUCUUUUUAUAAGAACUCAUGGACGGACUCCAUAAAGAAAUAAAAUAGUGGCACAAACAACAAAUACUUUCUUUGGUGCUUAACUUUAAUUUCAGAGCUUCCAGUUUAGUCAUGGAAUCUAUCCAUAUCUGCUUCUUGUAGGUUGUUGAGUAAGGCUUGCAUGUAUUCUUUGUCUAAACAUGUCUAACAUCUUUAUAAGGAACAUAAAACAUUUCUAUUAUCUUUAUGUCAUCUGGUUUCCCACAUGACUUUGCCUGAGGGACCUGCAAAAUGUUCCUGUUUUCUGGUGGUGAGAGAGUUAAAGCUUUUUUUUUUUUUUGUCUUGGCUGGUGUUUAAUGUGCCUGCGGAAGUGACAAAGAGUGUUAUGGUGUGUGUGUUUGGUUACAGAGGAGUUUAGUUUGUAUAGCACUAUGGCUGGUAACUUUAACAUGGCUUAAUUAUUAAUGGGAGAGGAACUAUGCCCAGUUUUUAAUCUAAUCAGCACUUUGAAGGCCUGAUGGUUUCAGAAAUUUGCAGGUAGGUCAGAUGCUUGGUAAAAUCUUCCAGUAUAACAGUAUUUACAUAUGUAGAACCCAAAAUAAGAUGUCAAUUAUCUGUUUUAAAAUUUCAUGUUUAUUUUGCAAAAUAAGAAUUUCCUGUCGCCACAUUUAUUAACACUUAGAGGUUCAUAAUGUGUAUUAACGUUGAAGCACAAAUUCUGCUAACUGUAAUGCCAAGUUUCUUGACUUUGCAAAUGUUCUUAAUGCUGGUUUACUUUAAAUUUUACCCUCUGUCAGUCUUAAGUUCAUUUGCCCCUUUAUCUUUUUGUUUAAAAUGUGAAUAAUUUUUUUUUGGACGGGGGGGAGGUUAUUUUGUAGAUUCUGGAUUAGCACCCAAAUUAUAUUUUGAGAAAGCAAAUAAAAAUAAUCUGUAUUUACAAAUAUUAAUUCAGAUGCAGUUUUGGCUGUGAUCCCAAAAAUUUUUAAAUUCAUUCAGUACUUUUUUGCUGAAAAAUAAUCCAGAUUGCUGUUAGAGGUGAAGCGUUAAAUUUACAGGAAUUACUCUUAAAGAUAUAGCAUUAAACAUGCUAUAGUCCUUAGAUCGGAACCAAAAUAGACUCUCCUCUUUGCUCAACUCAUGUGCUGCAUGUUGUGUGCUACAAUGCUUUCCUUUCAUUUCCCACUCCCCUGUUUGUGUCGUGGUAGAGGCUCAGGCCUUUAUACAAUAGUGUUGGGAUCCCAUAUUAACUGGAAAGACCCAGAAUUCUCUCUUCCUACAUACCAACGGUGUGAGAAUGAAACAGACAAAGGUGCAUGCAGCUCCCUGCUUGCACUCUUUGUUAUAUACCCUGUGGUUGGCUGUGGAAUAUAUAACGAAUUUAGGGUUCCCUUAGAUCCCAUAAUUAACAGAGCAGAGUCACAGCUUUCUACCGAUCUCAAACUGCAUCCCCAGGACUUCUUGCAGUACUCAUACAUUGGGUUUGGAUCAGUUCAGCAGUUGGACAUUAGCAAGUGGUGCCUCACAAACAGAACCCAUAAUAUUCUCCAUUUCUAAGAUCACAGGGAAAAUGUUAAUUAUAUAAUAGUACCAGGGAAACGUGGCAUUCAAUUCCCUUGGUGGGAAGUAGAAGGACACUGUUUGAGCAUGAGAACUAGAUGUAGGAGUUUGCUUACAAAUUCAGUCAGAGUGGGAAUAUACACGAUGCCUGGUGCAAUAGGUGAGUAGAUUUGGGACAGGAAUCUGGAGAUUCAGGGCAUCAGUUUGCAAUCAGAAAACCGAAUUGGUGCCCAGAAAUUUGCCAGUGAGGAGACAUCAAAGAGUUGUAAGAAAAUUGGCCAUCUUCCAUAUGUCCUUGCAACUUUUGACCAUUUUCGUAACUGACUUUGCAGGAAAGAGAGUACAGGAGGAGUCAUGAAAUUGUCAAUGCCACAGUAGCAAUGCUAAUAGAAUACACAAAGUCCUCUGCUGGGUACUGUUAUUGUCAGGCAUGGUAUUUACCACAUAGAAUACUGAUACAUCCUUCUAUUUGAGAAGGAUUAGGUCAAUUAAGACUGCAAGGCUGAGCACCAACUGGAAACUCUAUUUGAUUGAGGCAUACAGAGGUUAGGAUUUUGGACUCUAUAAUAACACUGCUGCCCACUAUUUGGAAAUAGUGGCCUCCCUAAAUCCUGCCAAACUCAGUUCAAAUUAAUAGACGUUCAUGCAGCUAGAUGGGUUUUUUUUUAAAUAUAAUAAUGACAAAGUAUUUAAUCAGGAAAGGUACAUCCUGGGAAUGUUACUUUUGCCCAAUAUCCUGGUGAUGUUACUAUUACACAAAUUAAUGGUACUUCCACUUGCCACACAUUAUGUAUGAGGAGAAGAGAUUACAGGAACAAUUGCCCUUGCCGAGUGCUGAUACUGUCCUCUGCCUAGGGUAAGGUUUCGGGUCUUUAUUUUUUCUUGCUAAGAAUUUUUUUUCGAAAUAAAAAACUCCUGUGUAUUGCUACUGUGCUGCCUCUGUUUAAAAAAAGAAAGUAUUUAAGAAACGGCCAACUAACCUUGAGCAUUACUCCUAGCUCCUCUGUACUUGUUGAGAACAAAAUCAACCAUUUGUUUAUUCAUCUGAGGAUAUCUAGAAAAUCAGCAUUGUUUGUAGUUGUGGGCCAUUGUCUGUGGGAAAUCAUUUGAAAGUAAUAUACUAAUCGGUUAAAAGGGCUUUGAAGUGCAUAAUGUUUGUUAGGCAGGAGGAAUUUCUAACCAUGAAGAUGUCUGAGGAUUUUUUACAAUAUAGAGAUUAUUCUUCUAUUGACUUUAUUUAUUCAUUUAUACAACGGUUAAUUCUAUUGUCUUACUGGUCUCUGCAAAUUUUAUAUUUACUUACUAAAGUGAGAGUUCAAAGUGGAUUCCAAAUUUAAAGGAUAACUAUAGUGUUAGAUAUACAAACAUGUAUUCCUAACAAUAUGGUGCUGGAGUAGGUCCCAAGCCCCCCGCAGAGUGGAGUAAAAAGGUAUUUUAUAAGAAAAGGCUACUGUAAAUUUAGUCCGGCAUUUUGCUGUGUUUUGCCAAUUAGCAUCUCUAUGGGAAGUGGUCAGCGUCUCCAUGCAGAGCAGAGUGCAGCACUGAAAUAUGAGGCACCUCUAGUGGACGUCUAGGUGACAGCAAUGUAGACAGUGCCUUCUGUCUGAAAACUCAGCAUUUGGAUAUGCUAUAGACACCAGAACCACUACGUUAAGCUGUAGUGGUUCUAGUGACUAUAGUGUGCCUUUGAAGGCUAGAGUUACUGAAGUGAAAACAUAGCUGACUUACAGAAUUUUUCAGUUAAGAUAUUUUGACCUCAAAUUUGAAAUUCACUUUGAAUUCUCACUUUAGUGAUUUACCCUGUUUAGUCACCAUCUGGCAAUUACAAUAAAAUGACUAAACAGACUUCAUAUGAGCCCCUUGGUCUCUUCGGCACUAUUGCUUAUAAUUUGUUCUGCCUUUUUCAUAAAGAACAAUAUAACACCUAAAUGGUUAACCAUUGUUCAAGUUCACCAAAAUUAAAAAGCAGAAAGGUCUACCUCCACCCUCUGUUAACAUUUCAGUGGGUGUGUGACAAAUAACAAAAGUGCUGGGCCCUUAUUUACUUGACUGUGUAAAUGCUUUAUGUGUGAAGAGGGUGUCCUCCUAGUUUCAUUUUACAAAAAGUGCAGAUUUCAACAGAAAUUGGCACUUUUAUUAAUUAACCUGGUUACAUCCCGUAGUUAAUUUUUUUCUUUUUGUGUUUUUUAAAUACUUUAUUUGUGAAUGAAGCACUUGACAUAUACAUAGUGAACAAUAAACAUUGCCAAAGUUAUGUUAUUACAGUCAGAUUUCUUGGUGUUGAUACAUGCCACGGUCCAUCUCAGUCACGUGUGGCUUAGCGUUCCGGUUUGUCAAGAUACUUUCGUUUUGCUUUUUAUUUUUAUAUUUUUAUGUAAUGUAAUAUACAACUGUAACGAUAGUCCGUAGACUAAGUAACUAAUCGUUUCAACAGUGCUUAUGAAAGCCUAUGUAUCCAUCUACUUUUCCGGUAGGGCUCAUGGCGUCUGUCUCCUCUAAGGUUGCCUCUAAGCUGCGAUAGGUCCCGCCCUAUAUUUAUUCAUACCUUUCGGAGUUGGCUAUCGGGCCAAGUUACCCACCGAACAAGCAACAGAGAGAGAUAGAAAGAAAAGGGGAGGAAGAAAGAGAGACAUAAAAGUAUUAGAGAGGGUUCAUCAGGCUGGAGAAUGUUGGUGCCAUAGUGUAUGUUUUGUAUGAUACCAUGUUAAUUGGGACCCUAUCGGGGGCUAUCUCGUAGUGGGUUGAGGUGGGGUCGGUCGCGCCCUAUCUGUGCUGAUGCUCACUUAGGUUAGAUCGCUAGAAGUCCAGGGUUCCCACAUUUUCUCAAUUCGUGACGUAGACCCUCGAACCCUAGCUGUUAAGCUGUCCAUAAGGUAUACAUCUUUUAUGUUUGACAGAAUGGUUCUCGCCGGGGGUACUUCUACUUUCAGCCACGUUUGGGCUAGUGCUCUCCUGGUCGCUAACGUCACCUUGUGUAUUAAUUUUUGCUCUUUUUGUCCAGUUCUCUAGGGGUCUGUUAAGUAAGUAUGUCCAUGGGCUUAAGUCUGGAGCUCUAUGAAAAAAGUGCAAUAUCAAGUUAUGUAUCUCCUUCCAGAAGAUUAGUACCUGAGGGCAUUCCCACUACAUAUGAAGGUACGUGCCUUUAAGGCCACAUCCCCUCCAGCAGUUAUCGGUAGGAGCUUUCCCCAUUUGACGCAAUUUAAAGGACCACUAUAGUGCCAGGAAAACAUACUCGUUUUCCUGGCACUAUAGUGCCCUGAGGGUGCCCCCACCCUCAGGGACCCCCUCCCGCCCGGCUCUGGAAGGGGAAAGGGGUAAAAACUUACCUUUUUCCAGCGCUGGGCGGAGAGCUCUCCUCCUCCUCUCCGCCUCCGUUACGCCCCGCCGGCUGAAUGCGCACGCGCGGCAAGAGCUGCGCGCGCAUUCAGCCGGUCUCAUAGGAAAGCAUUUACAAUGCUUUUCUAUGGACGCUGGCGUGCUCUCACUGUGAUUUUCACAGUGAGAAGCACGCAAGCGCCUCUAGUGGCUGUCAAUGAGACAGCCACUAGAGGAUUAGGGGGAAGGCUUAACCCAUUAAUAAACAUAGCAGUUUCUCUGAAACUGCUAUGUUUAUAAAAAAAAAAUGGGUUAACCCUAGAAGGACCUGGCAACCAGACCACUUCAUUAAGCUGAAGUGGUCUAGGUGCCUAGAGUGGUCCUUUAACUGGUGUGGUGUACCACCUGAACAGUGUCUUAUAUACUUGUUCUUGGAGAGACACACAUAUGGAUACUGAAGUAUUCGCCUCCCAGAUCUCCCUCCAUUCUACUCCCUCCAGUACCUCCCCCAGUUCCCUCUCCCACGUGUCCGUGUAGGUGAGUGUGCCACAUUCAUCAGUUUCUGAGCUAAUGUGUGCGUAUAGCUUUGAAAUAAGACCCGGUGGUAUGCAUUCGUUUAGGCACAUUCUUUCAAAGAAAGGCAUGUGCCCUGUUGCUGCUUGUUGUAGGUGUGGACGUUUCAUAUAGUCUUUAAGUUGUAUGUAGCGGAAGAAGUCAGCUGGGGUGAGGUGUGUCGUCUGUUGCAGGUGAUCGAAUGUAAUUAGCGUGUUAUUCUUAUACAUAUGGCAUAUCCUUUGGAGACCUGCUUUUUCAAGGUUAGCGAAGUCUCUUGCUGUCAUUCCUGGGGGGAAGGCUCUGUUUCUGAACAGUGGGAUGAGCGAUGAUAGGACGGACACUAGUUUAAAUUUGUGGGCUGUGGCAUCCCAUAUUCAGGGAAUUUAGAAUCGCCGGGCAGCUUGUGUGUAGGAUGGGCCUAUCCUCUUUUGGUACCCACAUGUGGACACCCCCUAGUUCUUAAGCAGACAACAGAUCCUGUUACUUCAUCUGUGGAGCUAAACUGAAGAGGCAGGCAAUUGCCGUACAAAUACUUUGGUUGGAAAGUCUGAUUGGACAGUUAGAAAAAGUAACGGGUGCUGAAGAAGGGGAGAGCUUGCAACAGCAGACAAGAGAACUGCAGCUUUUGCAAUUGUUUAUUUUUUUAUUAUUUAGUCCCCAGUGGAACAAUGCAUAAUAAAAUGCAUGCAUUUUUUUUAUUUGGAGUAUAUCUACUAAAUAAAGAUAUUUAUAUAUUUUUUUCUAUUUGGGCAGUGUCGUGUCUCUAUAAUAAAAGUAGGAUUGAAAGAUUGGGGGUCCCCUAGCACAAUUUUGAGUUUAAAUAGUAUAAAUUUAAACUAUAUGCUCCAGUGAUAUGUAGCAUUUAAUAAUUUUCAGAAUUGUCUGUUACUCUUAUCACAGUUGGAAUAUGUAAAUGAGAGUAGUUGUAGUUGACAUUUUGCUUAUCCUUCAUGAUUUUAGAAUUGUGAAUAAUUAAAAUAUGAAUUAUUCCUGUCUUAAGAUGUAAUUUAUUCAACAUUUUUCAACAGUAUUUUAUUAACAAUUCUGUACUUUUCAGAUCCGUUGCCAUAAACAUGUCUGUCAGCAGCCACGAAAACCGCAAGUCUCGUUCUAGUACAGGCUCCAUGAAUAUUCAUCUCUUCCACAAGCCAGGCCAUGCCGACAGCCUUUUAACACAGCUUAACCUGCUGCGCAAAAGAUGUCUGUUCACAGAUGUGGUGCUGCUGGCUGGGAAUCGUGCUUUUCCAUGCCACAAAGCUGUGCUAGCAUCCAGCAGCCGCUAUUUUGAGGCAAUGUUCAGUGGUGGUCUGAAGGAGAGCAAAGAUGGAGAAGUCAACUUUCAAGAUGCUCUGCAUCCUGAGGUCUUGGAACUGCUACUGGAUUAUGCAUAUUCUGCCCGUAUUAUCUUCAAUGAGGAAAAUGCUGAGUCCCUUCUAGAAGCAGGAGACAUGCUACAGUUUCAUGACAUUCGGGAUGCAGCGGCAGAGUUUCUGGAGAAAAAUCUUCAUCCAGCCAACUGCUUGAACAUGAUGUUGAUUUCUGAUGCACACUUCUGUGAAAGGCUGUUGGAACUGUCUUGGAGAAUGUGCCUUGCUAACUUUGUGGAGUUAUCAAAAACAGAAGACUUUUGCAGAUUGCCAAAAAUAAAGCUUAUGGAAUUAGUUCUCAGUGAGGAGCUGGAGGUUGAAGAUGAGAGUUUGGUUUAUGAGGCGGUGAUGGGAUGGAUUAAAUAUGAGCUGCAUACUCGGCUUGAUGACCUGCCAGAUCUCCUGCGCUGUGUUCGCCUAGCACUUUUGUCUGAGCAGUACUUGAGAAGUUUAGCCAUGAAUGAGCUUGUGGUGCAGAAUAAGCUGGCCAAGGAAAUUGUAGAAGAAGCAAUUCGCUGCAGAACAAAGAUUCUGCAGAAUGAUGGGCUGGUGACUGGCUUUUGUGCCCGUCCUCGGAAAGUUAGCCAAGCCUUGCUUCUUUUAGGAGGGCAAACUUUCAUGUGUGACAAGAUCUAUGUGAUGGACCAAAAGACCACAGAGAUUAUCCCCAAGACUGACAUCCCUAGCCCACGCAAGGAAUGCAGUGCAUGUGCAAUCGGCUGCAAAGUGUAUGUUACUGGAGGUAAGGGUGCAGAGAAUGGAGCCUCCAAGGAUGUCUGGGUUUAUGAUACACUUCAUGACGAGUGGUCGAAAGCAGGACCAAUGUUGGUGGCCAGAUUUGGACAUGGGUCUGCAGAACUGGAUAAUUGUUUGUAUGUGGUUGGAGGUCAUACAGCCAUAACAGGGGCUUUCCCAGCUUCCCCUUCUGUCUCACUAAAACAAGUGGAACAUUAUGAUCCUCAUAUUGACAAAUGGACAUUAGUGGCUCCCCUCCGGGAAGGUGUCAGCAAUGCUGCUGUGGUGGGAGCCAAGAUGAAACUCUUUGUGUUUGGUGGCACCAGUGUUAACCGUGAAAAACUUCCUAAAGUCCAAUGCUUUGACCCUCUUCAAAAUAGGUGGACAGUUCCUACCACUUGCCCUCAGGCUUGGCGUUACACUGGCGCUGCAGUUCUGGGGAACAACGUCAUUGUAGUAGGGGGUGACACAGAGUUUUCUGCCAGUUCUGCUUACCGCUUCAAUAGUGAGACUUAUCAGUGGUGCAGGUUUGGAGAUGUUUCUUCCAAGAGGAUUAGCUGCCGGGCAGUGGCCUCUGGGAACAGAAUGUAUGUGGUGGGUGGGUACUGUGGUACCCAGCGAUGCAAGACCCUGGAUUGUUAUGACCCAUCAAGUGACACUUGGAGCAGUGUAACCACAGUACCCUACUCCCUGAUCCCAACAGCCUUUGUAAGCACCUGGAAGUAUCUUUCAGCAUAAGACCAUGUACAGGUAAAUCGCAUUUCACCUCCCGUAUAACGUCUAUUUAAAAAAAAAAAAAAACAUUGAUACUGCUACUCCCAUGUUGAUAACUUUGGCAGUGCUUAAAGGACCACUAUAGUGCCAGAAAAACAUACUCGUUUUCCUGGCACUAUAGUGCCCUGAGGGUGCCCCCACCCUCAGGGACCCCGUCCCGCAGGGCUCUGGGGAGAGGAAGGGGUUAAACACUUACCUUUCUCCAGCGCCGGGCGGGGAGCUUUCCUCCUCCUCCUCUCCUUCUUCCUUGCGACUUCAUCGGCUGAAUGCGCAUGCGCGGCAAGAGCCGCACGCAUUCAGCCAGUCUCAUAGGAAAGCAUUCAUAAUGGCAUCUGAAAAUCACAAUGAGAAGAAAUUCCAUAUCCUUAUUGCUCUUACUGUAAAAUAAACUUUUCUUUGCCUUAGAUGAAAUCUCCUUUCUUCCCGUCUAAAUGUGUGACCUCGUAUCUUAUGUAUAGUCCUGUUUAUGAAUAGAUUUCCAGAUAAUGGUUUGUAAAAUAUAUAUUUUGUGGGAGUCAAAGCCAGGGAAGGUGUAUCUAGGGCUGCAUAAACGGAAACAAAAUUGAUUUAACUCCUAAAUGACAGAGAAUUGAGCAGUGAGAUUUAAAGGGCAUGAUUUAUACACUAAAACUGACUAUAGUUUUAGACUAUUGGUGACUAUAGUUUAACACUAGAAUAUUGCUUUUAAAGAUUAUAGCAAACCUGUAUUCUUGUGCAUAGGUAUAGAAAUCAUGUUGUUUUAUUCCGCAGGUCUUUACAAUUAUAGAAAGGUGAAUAGAGAUGCAUUGACUCAGUGCUAAAUGUCGGUCCUACAAUCCACUCCAGCUCUCUCAUAUGUUUUGGGUGCAGUUAAAUUUAAUUAAAACAAUUAAUAGUUUGUUAAGCGUGUGCAUCAUGGCCGGACUGGGAAAAAAAUUUGGCCUAGGCAUUUUUUAAUCACAGUAGAAGAAAAAAAAAAAGGUGAUAGCACAAAACCUCAGUAAUAUAUUUUACCUUUUAGUUAAAUGUUCACAUAGAGGUCCUAUUCCCAGUAAUGAUAUUUAACUGUGGAACCUGUAUACAAUAAAUAUAAAAUACAACAUAGUGUAUACUGUUGUAACAAAUAUACAAUAUUAUGAGAAGAAAGUCACACUCACAAUUUCCAGAGCCAAAUAAGUUAGGCUCUGGACUAUAGAGGCAUUUCAUCCACUAGUGGGAUAAACAUGAUCCGGUUACUCCUCCUAGGUGUUCUCUGGUUUGGAGUCUUUAUCAGGAAUUCAGGAGCCAGAUGGAAUUAGUUGAAACAGGAAUUUAUUCAAGUACGUAAAACAACAAAAUAAAAUAUAAUAUGACAGCUGGCACAACACGUUUGGACCUUCUUUGGUCUUCUUCAGGUGCAGUAUGUCUUGCUACACCUAUAUAUGUCCCCCCUACAGAUAUGGGAAACAGGUGUAGAUGCUAUUUCUGUAAUUUAAUGCCCAAAUCUGUCCAUAGCCGGAAGUAACCCGCCACCACUAAGAUGGUGGUACUUCCGGUUUCGGCAUACUUCAUAACCAUGUCCUUAUAGUUGAUAUUUCCGGGUUUUCAAGAUGGCGGUGUGUUAGCUUCCGGUGACGCACUUCCAUUCUAUUUCACAACGAUCACUCCCUCUUCUCCUCCAGUUGAGCUGGAAUGCUCCGCCGAUCUUCAAUAUAGAUCGUGAUGUUCUCAAAGGAAGGUCCUUAUAUUGUCCAGAGUGGGGCACAUUAUAUUUGACGAUGUAAACGUCAUUAUUAGUCCCCAAAUCUACAUUUUGGAUGAGGGCAGACCAUCCAAAUGUAUAUAGGAUAAAAUAUGGGAAAACAAAAGUGCAUAUUGCAGAUUAAAACCAUAAAACAGCAUUCCUAAUAUAUAAAUAAUAAAAAUAUAUUUAAUCAUAAUACAACAGUUUUUUUUAAAAAGAGAACAUGUAUUCAAAUGCAUAUAAAAUGUAAAAAAUUAUUUUUGAAUAUAUAUAGUCACAUACAAAUUUAUGGGAUUGAACAAGUAGAUUGAGGAUCAUAAAAUCAAAUUAAUUUCAAAAUCAAUGUUAAGUCAUCUUGUGUUAAUAGGUUAGUUUCAGUCGUAUUGUGUAAUGUAAUUAUCCACAGGGUGUUUAGGUGCUGUAGAGAGUGUGUGUGUAUAGGGGGCAUAAUGUGUAUAGGGGAUGUAGCGAGUGUAUGCAUACGGGCUGUAGUGUGUGUGUGUCUGUGUAUAGGUGAUAUUUAGGGGUUGUAGAGAGUGUGUUUUUAGGGAAUGUAGUAAUAUGUUUGCUUAAAGGAAUCUAGUGUAUACAUAGGGGAUCCAGAGUGUGUAUGUCAGAAAUGUAGUGUGUGGGGGGGAUCUAGUGUGUGUUUGAAGGACUCAGAGUGUGUAUUGGAGAUCUAGUAAGUGUGUGUGUAGAGGAUUCAGAGUGUAUAUAGGGAUCUAGUGUGUGUAUGUGUGUAGAUGAUCCAGAGUUGAGUAAGGGAUCUAGUGUAUGUCUGGAAUGUAAUGUGUUUAGGGGUGCAGUAUGUGUGUGAGGGGUUCUGUAGUAUACAUACAUAUGUGUUUGUAAGUAUUGUGUGUGUGUUUGUGAGGUGUGAUGGGUGUAGUGUGUGUGAGAGAGGGGUGCACCGCGUGUGAGGGUGCUGUGUGUGUGUGUGUGUGUGUGAGAAAGAGAGUUGUGUGUGUGUGUAAGGGUGCUGUGUGUGAAUAUGUUUGGAGGGAUUGUGUGCUGGGGAGCCAGGUUAAUGUCAAUAUACAGUUGCAAGAAAAAGUAUGUGAACCCUUUGGAAUGAUAUGGAUUUCUGCACAAAUUGGUCAUAAAAUUUUAUCUGAUCAUCAUCUAAGUCACAACAAUAGACAAUCACAGUCUGCUUAAACUAAUAACACACAACGAAUGAAAUUUCGCCAUGGUUUUUAUUGAACACACCGUGUAAACAUUCACAGUGCAGGUGGAAAAAGUAUGUGAACCCUUGGAUUUAAUAACUGGUUGAACCUCCUUUGGCAGCAAUAAAUUCAACCAAACGUUUCCUGUAGUUGCAGAUCAGACGUGCACAACAGUGAGGAGUAAUUCUUGACCAUUCCUCUUUACAGAACUGUUUCAGUUCAGCAAUAUUCUUGGGAUGUCUGGUGUGAAUCGCUUUCUUGAGGUCAUCCCACAGCAUCUCAAUCAGGUUGAGGUCAGGGCCACUUCAGAAGGCGUAUUUUCUUCUGUUUAAGCCAUUCUGUUGUUGAUUUACUUCUAUGCUUUUGGUCAUUGUCCUGAUGCAACGCCCAUCUUCAGCUGGUAGACAGAUGGCCUUAAGUUCUCCUGCAAAAUGUCUUGAUAAACUUGGGAAUUCAUUUUUCCUUCGAUGAUAGCAAUCCGUCCAGCCCUGACGCAGCAAAGCAGCCCCAAACCAUGAUGCCCCCACCACCAUACUUCACAGUUGGGAUGAGGUUUUGAUGUUGGUGUGCUGUGCCUUUUUAUGCAGCAAUGUUUUAAACGUGCAGCAAUGUUUUGUUUGGACAGCAGUGGCUUCCUCUGUGGUAUCCUCCCAUGAAAUCCGUUCUUGUUUAGUGUUUUACGUAUUGUAGAUUCACUAACAGGGAUGUUAGCAUUUGCCAGUGAUUUUUGUAAGUCUUUAGCUGACACGCUAGGAUUCUUCUUCACCUCAUUGAGCAGUCUGCGCUGUGCUCUUGCAGUCAUCUUUACAGGACGGCCACUCCUAGGGAGAGUAGCAGCACUGCUGAACUGUCUCCAUUUAUAGACAAUUUGUCUUACCGUGGACUGAUGAACUGCAAGGCUUUUGGAGAUACUUUUAUAACCCUUUCCAGCUUUAUGCAAGCCAACAAUUCUUAAUUGUAGGUCUUCUGAGAGCUCUUUUGUGCGAGGCAUCAUUCACAUCAGGCAAUGCUUCUUGUGAAAAGCAAACCCAGAUCUGGUGUGUGUUUUUUUUAUAGGGCAGGGCAGCUGUAACCAACACCUCCAAUCUCAUCUCAUUGAUUGGACUCCAGUUGGCUGACAUCUCACUCCAAUUAGCUCUUGGAGAUGUCAUUAGUCUAGGGGUUAACAUACUUUUUCCACCUGCACUGUGAAUGUUUACAUGGUGUGUUCAAUAAAAAUAUGGCAACAUUUCAUUCUUUGUGUGUUAUUAGUUUAACCCCUUAAGGACACAUGACAUGUGUGACAUGUCAUGAUUCCCUUUUAUUCCAGAAGUUUGGUCCUUAAGGGGUUAAGUAGACUAUGAUUGUCUAUUUUUGUGACUUAGAUGAUGAUCAGAUCACAUUUUAUGACCAAUUUGUGCAGAAAUCCAUAUCAUUCCAAAGGGUUCACAUACUUUUUCUUGCAACUUUUUAUGUUUUUCUUUUUUGUUUAUAAAAAAAAAAGCAAGCAUUCUAUUAGGGAUCGACCGAUUAUCGGUUUUACCGAUAUAAUCGGCCGAUAUUCGGUAUUCUCGGCAAUAUCGGUAUCGGCCAAUUCAGAUACCGAUAUUGCCGAUAAUACCUCCUAGGACCGCCAGGCUCAUUACAAGCCCGGCGGUCCUGGGGGGGCGGAGAGCAAGCGCUUACUCACCUCCCAGCAGCUCCUCCAGCUCCCCAAUGCAACUCUCGCGAGACCCGCGGCCUUCCGAGCGUUGCCAUGGAUCACCAUGGCAACGCUCCGCGCGACACGCUGGCCGCGAGAGUUGCAUUGGGGAGCUGGAGGAGCUGCUGGGAGGUGAGUAAGCGCUUGCUCUCCGCCCCCCCAGCUCAGCCAAUACCACCAGGGACUGUCAUAUCCCCCCUACCUGGCCAGGUAACAAGCAGGGAGGGGGGACAACAAAAAUAAGAAUUAAUUAUACAUUUUUUUUUUUUAUAAUUUAAUAAAAAAUGCCCCCUCACACACUGCAUUAUAUACACAUACACUACACAAACACACUGUGUAUAUAAUGCAGUGUUUGUGUAGUGUGUUUAUAUAAUGCAGUGUGUGUUUGUAUAUAUUGUGUGUGUAUAUAAUUCAGUGUGUUUGUAUAGUGUGUGUGUAUAUAAUGCAGUGUGUGUGUUUGUAUAGUGUGUGUGUAUAAUGCAGUGUGUGUUUGUGUAGUGUGUUUAUAUAAUGCAGUGUGUGUUUGUGUAGUGUGUGUAUAUAAUUCAGUGUGUUUGUAUAGUGUGUGUAUAUAAUGCAGUGUGUGUGUUUGUAUAGUGUGUGUAUAAUGCAGUGUGUGUUUGUGUAGUGUGUGUAUAAUGCAGUGUGUGUUUGUGUAGUGUGUGUGUAUAAUGCAGUGUGUGUUUGUGUAGUGUGUGUGUAUAAUGCAGUGUGUGUUUGUGUAGUGUGUUUAUAUAAUGCAGUGUGUGUUUGUGUAGUGUGUUUAUAUAAUGCAGUGUGUGUUUGUGUAGUGUGUUAUAUAAUGCAGUGUGUGUUUGUGUAGUGUGUUUGUGCAGUGUGUGUUUGUGUAGUGUGUAUAUAAGUGCAGUAUGUGUGUUUGUGUAGUGUUUAUAUAAUGCAGUGUUUGUGUAGUGUGUUUAUAUAAUGCACACUACACAAACACACUGCAUUAUAUACACACACUCUGCAUUAUAUAAACACACUACAUUCACUAUAUACACAAAUACACACACACUCUGCAUUCAUUAUAUACACACACACUUUGAAUUUAGUAUAUACAGCAUUCACUUUACGCACACUACCCACACAUUCUGCUUUUAUUAUAUACACACUACACUAAUACACACUGCAUCCACUACACACACUAGACAAAUACACACUGCAUCCACUACACACACUACACAAACACACACAGCUCCCCUGUCACACUGCAUCCACUGCACGUUGCAUGUAUAUUUUGUGCAUUUACCUUUAGAAAUAGUUUUUAUUUUCCAAAAUGGUAAAUGUACAGAAUAUCGGCAAAUUAUAUCGGCUAUCGGCCUGAAAGUUCACAGAAUAUCGGUAUCGGUAUCGGCUCUAAAAAAUCAAUAUCGGUCGAUCCCUACAUUCUAUCCCCCCUCUCUUCUUACCUUUAGCGUGGGAGGGGGUGCUUUGCUGCAAUCCCUGGUGGUCCUAGUGGUGAGUGAACUCUAGCCCUCCAGGCUUUUCUUUGUGGCAGUGUUUAUAAUGCUUCAUUUACCAAAUAUGUAAAUAUUUCACGUAUUGACAGCCUCAUAUUGCAUAAAUUAUCCGUAUUUUAUGUUGAAUAACCUUUGACUAUAAUGUAUCUUAAACAUAAAACUAACUUUUAUAGGUUUUUAGUAGUUUUUUUUUUAAAUCCACCCUACAUGUAGCACAUAGCCAUUCUAGUUUUGCAAUUAUAUUAAAUGACAAGACUGUUGAUAUGUGAUAGACAUGUUAAUACUGUCAAUGUGUUGAUUACAAAACAAAUUAUACCUGGUACGAAAUAAUAUUCUGUUCUUUUUCUUUGGAUCCAUUCACACCUGUUAAAUGUGUGUCUGUCUGUUUUCAAAUUGUUACAUAGUUAUGCUCUAUAGACAACCAUGUAUUCCUGACCCUAUAGUGUUAAAACUACUAUCUAGGCCCCCCCUUACCUCCUUUCUCUCCCCACUUUGCCUCCCCAAAUAUAACAAAAUCUUACUUGUAUUCAAGUCUGCAGCUGCUGGCUCUGCCCCGUCUGCCUCUAAAAUGGCUUCUGUCUGCUGACAUCAUCAGAAGUGGUGGUCUGAACUGAUCACUAUGCUUCCCCAUAGGAUUGGCUGAGACUGUCAAGGAAGCAAAUCGGGGGCAGAGCCAGCACAAAUCAAAACAGCCAUGGCCAAUCAGCAUCUCCUCAUAGAGGAGGAAAGUUUAGUGAACGGAGGCACUGAAUUGCAGUGCUGCUCACUGUGCAGCACUGCCCCAGGAAGCACCUUAAAAUCUAUCCCUGAACCUGAAACCCCGUCAGCAAAGCAUUUGUUGCACAUAUUGGCAGCACAAGGAACUUAUCCAUUAUUGUUGUAAAGACCUAUUAAAUAUUGUAACGGAGCUCCUUGUACUCCGACUGAGUACCCUCCGUUGACGGAUGCUCCUAGCGCUUCCUGAGGACACCACAACCACCGCAGACUCCGCAACCGCUGUAUCUUGACUGGAGUCUCGCCGUCUUACUUCCACCCUGGACCAGCUUCUGUCCUCCAGGACUUUGUGGAAAAGAACUCUUCCUUCCACCCUGGAUGAACCUCUCCAGCAUCCAGGACUGUGUGGUGAAGACCCCUCCUCCAAGGAGAGCGUGUCAGGAACAAGCUCUUAAAAGAGCUAAGUGACUCAAGCUCAGGGGAGCAUGCAGAGCAUAGCAAUCUCCAGUGUGAUUAUAACAGCUCCCUCCAAUAACGAGACAAGGCUACGUUUAGAGGGAUCAAGAAGAACUGUCAAAACCUUUAUUCCCAGCCAAUAGGGUCACCACAAUAACAUUGUUGUGAAAACUCAAUAAAAUCACAAACAGUCAAACCAAAUCAAGCAACACACAGUGACUUAUCACAACACAAUGGCACAUUUUUAAAGGGGUAGGGGGAGACAAUAUUUAACAGUAAAUAUCUCACCUGCCUGCAGAAUUAUCAAUAUGCAAAUCAACCCGAAUAUGCAAAUGACCAGGUCAUGCAAUUCAGGUAGUGCAUAUUGCUGUUGCUACCAACAGAGGGCACUAGACAAGCUCCAUAGCCAAACCCACCUAGUUGGUAGCAAACCUCAGCAAUACAAGAGAGCAGGCAAUACAUUACACAGUACACACACACACACACACUAUAAACAAACAAUUACAUUACACACACCCUGCACCUAUAAUGGGUACAGGGUGACUAAAACAUAAGAUAAAUAAAGCAGCCUACAUAAAUAGUCUGUCUGAAGGUAGACUAGGAGCUUUAAAGCCAGAUACAUGAAAGAGUCAUAGUCACAGGGGAGGAGGCUGGCAAGUAGGCCUCUCCAGGACCAAGUGGCGAAGGGCACUUCGUCACAAAUAUGUUGACACUAUACUACAUAAUUGUACAGAUAGAUGGCAAAUACACAAAAUAAGACCCUAAAAUUAGCCAACCGUCCAUAUAUACAUAUUUUUUUAAAUAUCAACUGUAGCUCAGUUUCUUACUGUAAUUGUAUAUUUCCAGGCAGAAACACUGUUCAUAAAAUAUUUUGCAUUUCCUAUUAGAAACAUUCUAAGCACCAUAACCACUACAGCCAAUGGUGUCAAGUGUGUCAUAGCACCCUUUGUGUGAGUAAAGUAUUCAAACUACUUAAGAAUGGUUUGACAACUUACCUGGGUUACUGCGGCUACAGGGCUGGGCUUACUCAUUUGCAAAGAACCCUAACAGAGUUCUAUCAGCCUGUGAAUGUGGCCCUGUACAGCUUGGCUGAGCUCAGUGGCAGGGUUUCUCAUGGUAGGGGAGGUGGCGCCAGGAUCCUUAUUAGUUGUCAAGAUGUUUAAAAAAUAAAAAUAAAAAAAAAUUUCAAUUGUGGUGCAACAUUUGGAUCUUUAAAGACAGUCAUGCACGUAGGUGCACCAAUAAAGUCAAGGUUCUGUGUCGUUUGUGGUUUGCACCUUUUUGGGUCGUGCCAUAACAGUUUCUAAAACAACAGUAACAUUUUAAAACAAAACUUAGUGAUCAGUACAUGGGUGUUAUGAUGUUUUGUGCUUCUUUGUGUUUGAGAUGGGACAUGCUGUAGUUUAGCAGCUCUCGGUUGCAGGGUUGUGUCAGUUCCAUGUGUCGUGAUCAGAUUCGCUGUGCUGGGUAUGGUUGUCUGCCUGCGCUAAUGGAGGUAAGCUAUUGGUCGUAGUUGGCUAGUUUGGGUUGGAUGCCCCUAACCAAGGGGGAUGCGGGGGGGUGAUUUCUCGCGCGCCCUGUGUUUGGACGCGUGCUGUGCUGGCUCUCAUUCGUUUAGAACCUAGGUACCCUCUACCAGGGUCAGUGCAUCAGUGGCCUGUGGUGUUUGGUAUUUAUAGCGGGGGCUAACGAGUUAAGAAAAUGAAACGUAGGUAAAGUCUCAGUAAGAAUUUAAAAUAUAAUGUGUGCAACAGUCACAUUGGCAAAGCCUGGGUGUCAGUCCACUUCAAUCAUGGUACAGGCUGUUGUGAUCCGCUGGGUUUUUGUUCCAGCUAGGCGGCAUUCCCGGGGCCCCAUGCUUCCCUUUGAGGGCUCUUUUGUGGUCGAGGCAUCGGGUUGGGUAGUCUCAGGGUGGUUAGGAGGGUAGGUGCUUCCUCCACGGAGGUUAGGACAUGGGUGGUGCUAUCUUGGGUUACUUCUAGAGUCCCGUUAGCGCCCCACUUGUAUGCGAUUCCCGCUGCUCGGAGUUGUGUGGUGAGUGGUCCAUAGGAUUUGCGCCACAUGAGGGUGGCUUUUGAUAGGUCCUGGAAGAACGUUAGGGAAGAGUUCUCAAACAGCAGUGGUGUCCUGCCUUUCAGCCCGGCCAUUAUAUGUAGUUUGUCUUGCACUGUGGCACAUCUGAGAAUGACGUCUCUUGCCGUUGGGGACCUUAGGUGGGGAGGGGAAGGCAGGCGGUACACCCCACCUAUGGUCAUUUUAACCGCUGUGUGUGGGAGUACUGUAGCUAGAAGGCAUCUGGUGUAGUGCGGCAGCUCUUCGGCCGAUAUUUCCGCGGGGAUGCCCCUGAUUUUAAUGUGAGAGAGGCGUUGUCGAUCUUCCAUGUUUAACAUUUUAAAUGACAGGUACGUUUGUUGUUGCUGGAUUUGUUUGAUGGAGUCUUCCAUUGUGCUUAUGUGAGCGUGUACUGUCACUACUUCUGCUUCCGUGGCUCUCACCUUUUCUGUGACCGUGCGUAGUUCGGUCUUGAGGAGGGCUGAGUCAGCUGAUAGGAGUUUGUGGAUGUCUGCUAAAAGGAGCUUUAAGUCACGUUUGGUGGUUGGUGCAGAGUCAUCUGGGGACUCCAGCAGCGGUUACAGUGGUGCUUGUAGGUGCCCUGGUGAGUCAGGUCUGGGCUGUGGUGGGUUGUGCACCCGUUAAUGCUGUGCUGCCCAUGGGGGUCCCUGUAAAUAUGGGCCUUGUUGUGCCUGGGUGUGUGUCCUAUCCAGCUGUGGUGAUUGGUGCUGCCCUGAGGGUUCAGACCCCUGCUGACCUGUUUUGGGUGCCUGAGGGAACCCUGGUGUUUCUGGCCGUUGUCGGGGUGUGGUAGAUGUCAGGUUUACCUCCGGCGUUGCUGCCGCGGGUGUGGGUUUGGGCUGGGCGGGCUUUUGAAGCAUAGUCCCGAUAUCCCUGCCCGCGGCCGUACCUUGUGGCUUUUGUGACCGGCGUCCUAUAGCUGGCGUGUGAGCCUGAGUGUUGGAUAGGUCCGGGGAGUAGGAGGUGUCGAUGUGUUCCGCCAGGUAUCCGUUCAGCAGGUCCUCGAGGCCCAGGAUCGUUGGGGUAUAGUAGGCCCCGGUCUUGCGUCUCCGUUUCUGCAGCCUUUGUGAUUGAAAAAAAGGCAUUGGGAGACACGGCUCGUUGUGCUGAUGCCGGUCGUGUACGUGGCGAUGCUGGAUGGGUCAGUGAGAGACCGAUUUUUGAUGGAUUUUGUCCGCAGGAUUUGGGAGCUGAUGAAAAUAUCGUCCGUUCGUGUCGGGUUGCAAGCCCCGCCCCUUGUCAAAAUGUUUUUAAACUGUUUGAAUACUUACUCUGGACGGUGCCAGGGCAGUCCUGGCCUCCUAAACACCACCACUACAGCUGCCUGUAGUGGUUAUGGUCUUUUUAUUAGAUUGAGCCUUUGUUCAACCAUCACUGCAUAGGAUUAAUCAAUUUAAUAUAUGUGUGUGUUUGUGUGUGUAUAUAUACAUUAUCCCAUAUGCAAUGAAGGUUGAACAAAGCCUCAGUUUUUAAAAAAGGAACACCUGAAGAUGUAGUGGUGGUGUUUAUGAUAUCAGGAGUAAGUAGUGAAACUGUCUAAAAACAUCUUGACAACUAAUAAAAUAGUAGAUAUUUUAGUUUUGUCCAGACCGUAACGUUCAGAACUGCUUGGCAUAAUUUUACUUGAAUCAGUGCAUUUUUUUAAAAAGGAACUCUCUACAUCCCUAAAGAACUCUUGAUGGCAUGCUUUGUGUGAAGAGUCAAUGACAUGCUUUGUGUGAGUUAAUUCAAUUAAUGUGGAUUUACGCUGUUUUGUAUAUUUCCUUAUUUUUAGGUCAUCAGCUGGUUCUCUUUUUUUGUAUAUAUACUUUGUGUGAAAAGUGUAUUCUCUCUCCCCACCCAACUAUUUUACAAAGUGCAGAUUUCAAUAUAAAUUGACAUUUUUAGAAAUUAAAGUGACACUUUAGGCAGCCAGACCACUUCAGCUCAAUGGUAAUUAUUGCAGUUAUUGAGAAAAUAAUUACAUUGCACGGUUAACACCACCUCUAGUUGCUAUCUAGCAGACAGCCACUGUAAGGUUCUUCAGGGUGGUUAUGUGACUUUUCAUCGCCUAACUGACGCUGGACGUCCUCACGCUCUGCAUGAGGACAUCCAGCGUCAAUUAAAACCCUCUAUGGGAUUGUCCUAAUGAUAUCGCUGUGUUUGCCGCGCAUGCGCAUUAGGUCUCCAAUGUCGGGGGCAGAGCCUGACCCAGCGCCGAAAUCCUAGCCCAUUCUGCGUUGAGGGGGUUCGCGAGCGAGGGGGGCAAUAUAGGCUAGGAAUACAAAUUUGUAUUCCUAGGCUACAGUUUCCCUUUAACCUUAUUAAACAACCCGUCCUGUUACUUUUUGGUUAACCCCUUAACGACUGGUGUCACAGCGGUGUAAUGUACUUACCCAAUCGCCGUCGUUCCCCCGGCAGCAAUCAGCGGUGCUCCCGGUGUGGGGAGACUGCCUGCAGUCCAGGCAGUCUCCCCAUGGUGAAUUAGGACCCCUGGGGCCAUGUGAUCGCUCAACAGAGCGGUCACAUGGUCACAAUAGGUGUCCAUGUGUCUGCCUGCAGGUGGACUGCCUGUGCUGACAGGCAGUCUCCCUGCAAGUGUAAAAUCCCCACAAAAAAUGAAUGUUAUUAAAAAAAAUAGAAUUAUGGUGGCGGGACUUCCGGUCCAACUGAACGGUCGCAUGCUGUGAGUGCUCCGUGACUGGACCUAAACAGUGGCAUACACAGCGGCAAACAGCCUACCCCACUCCACAAACGACGCCAGAGGUAAGGGGAACACCCCCCCACCCCAACAUGACUUUUUCCGGCAAGGAAAAAAAGACCGUCUCCGUUCCGACCAGGAUGGCGGCGGCUCCCACUCACCAACACACACGUCUGAAACAGGCUCUGAUAAUGAGUCACGGCAACCCUCCACAGGUGACCUCUCUGUGUCAGAGAAGAAAUUAGCAGCCAUGCCCCAUGAACUGCGCACCUCUAUGAGAACCGACUUUCACACAGCGGUCUCAGAUCUGCGCAAAGACCUCCUGGAAGUGGGGACACGAGUGAAUGUACUGGAGGAAAAAACUGAUGAGCUGUGUCAAGCCAACGAUGCAAUAGUAAGCAAAUUGCAGCAACUGGAAAAUGACAACAGGCGCCUGACGGAAAAAAUGGCGGACUUAGAAGACCGCUCCCGCCGCAACAACAUCCGCGUGCGGGGAGUGCCGGAAAAGGUGACACAGGAGGAUCUGCCGUCCUACCUACUGCGCCUAUUUCAAGCUAUCCAACCAGCCCUGGCACCAGCAGACUUACGCCUUGAUCGGGCACACAGGGUACCAAAACCCACCAACCUCGCUCGAGAUGUCCCAAGGGACGUAGUGACCAGAUUACACUAUUACAGCGCGAAGGAAGCUAUCCUUACAGCGCAGAGAAAGUCCUCCGAAAUGCCACCUACAUAUGAGGAGAUAUCACUAUAUGCUGAUCUAUCACCGACGACGAUGUCCAGGAGACGGGACUUUAUUAAUGUCACGAAGUGCCUCAGAAACCACAAGGUGCCUUACAGAUGGGGCUUUCCCACUAAACUCUUGAUAUGGCGAAAUGGAUCACUGACUAAAGUUGAAGACCCGACCCAGGGAAUGGAGACCCUCAAAUCCUGGGGAUUAUUCCCCACUGACAACGCACCCACGCCCCCGGCCCCACUGCGGAAAGUGGCCACAAGCUGGACAAAGGCCUAACCAAUGGCGCAGCCACGGCUCUCCCUCACUCGGGCGAGUACCGGCUUAAUCUCCAAAACCUGUGGCAUCCUUCAGAUCUACGCCCGUGCUAUGAACUGUGGUAACGACAGGGUUUUUCAUUUGCACGUGAGUACAACUGCACCCUAGCCCUGCCACGCUUAGCCGCCUUACCACUAUUUCUUCCCGCCACCUCAUACCCUGGGCUUACCGCCCCAUCCGGGAACCAGGAACGUUACCUGUCUGGACUUACACCAUCAGUGGGCGAAGGACUCCUCCACCCCUACCCCACACCCUACUAUGCCCUAGAAGGCCAUGAUGAGGUACAAGAAUCGGCCUAGGCCUCCGCCUUCGUCCUUGCUGCCAGCGGCCUUUACCGCCCCCCCCUGUGGGCCCCGGGGAGAGUUGCCCCACCUCAACUUCUCAGCCCUGCCAAGGGGUUGGUCUGUGACAGGCGUUUAGGCCCCACCGAAUGCUGAAGAAACCCCUCUCCCCCCCCCCCAAAGCUCUCUUAGGACACCACCUGCCGCUGCAGCCCCCCCCUCAGAGCAGUAGAGGGUGCGCGCUCGGCGGUGGGGUCCUCCACAUAAUGCUUCUUAGCUAUUUGCUCUGCAUAUACUUUGUUUAUGUUGUAUAUUUUUGUUCUCACCGUUAUCAGCUAUGUUAUUUCCCAUGCCCCGACCCUACCUCUGAGAUGCUCCCUUUCCACCAUAAGAUGAGCGAUAAAGUGUUCGCCAGAGACAUCCCUAAGCCUCACUGCGCUAAAUCCGCGAGACAACCUCUCUCACCCAGAUGUGCCUAUGAGGCGCCCAACCCCCAAUACAAUGAACCCCCCUAGCAAGUUACUCUUGGUGUCCCUGAAUGCCCAUGGCCUUCAAUACCCCACAAAAACGUAGACUGGCCUUGUCUCAAUUAAAGACCCUGAAGGCUUCGGUCGCAUGUAUACAAGUAACCCACUUUUCCGCUACGAACCCCCAAAGUUUUCGGCCUCCUCAUAUCCACUAGCGUAUCACGCCCUAGCGCCUAACAAGACAAGAGGGGUCAGCACACUAUUCCACUCAGAUUGGCAUUUCCAAUGUGAAAGGGAAUAUAAAAGCCCUGACGGUAGGCUCCUGAUCCUGGUGGGCCUCCUCAAUGACGCACAGGUGACUAUAGCAAACCUUUACGCCCCCAAGUCAACCAGUUUCCUACGAAAGGCACUGAGAAGGGUUGACAAACUAAAGAAGGGACAGACGAUGAUAUGCGGGGACUUUAACUGUGUGUUAGAUCCUGACCUGGAUAGGUCAGGGGCACCGGGCUCCCACCCAAGAGACAGGCUCCUAGGGGACAAACUGACGACGCUCCUCCAUCUCCAUAAUUUGCACGACACCUGGCGGGCACUCUACCCAGCUUCUAGGGACUAUACUUUUUACUCCAGAGUCCAUGACCAAUAUUCCCGCAUAGACAUGUGCUGGGUCGACACUAAAACCCUGGAUACCCUAGCGGAGGUCGCUAUUGCCCCGAUAACCUGGUCGGACCAUGCCCCCCUCACAUCGUCAUUCUCCACACUACACCCAGUCCGAGGGCGGGGACAGUGGAGGCUCAACGAGUCUCUCAUAGACGACCCCGAGAGGGCCUCUGUGAUCAGGAGAUCACUAACACACUACUUCGAAGUCAACCACUACACUUACACAAGCGUUACCACGACUUGGCUGGCCCACAAGGCAGUCACUCGUGGAGCACUCAUACAGAUGGGGGCAAAACUGAAGCGCCAAUUAUCUGAGAAAAGUGACAUGUAUACAAGUAACCCACUUUUCCGCUACGAACCCCCAAAGUUUUCGGCCUCCUCAUAUCCACUAGCGUAUCACGCCCUAGCGCCUAACAAGACAAGAGGGGUCAGCACACUAUUCCACUCAGAUUGGCAUUUCCAAUGUGAAAGGGAAUAUAAAAGCCCUGACGGUAAGCUCCUGAUCCUGGUGGGCCUCCUCAAUGACGCACAGGUGACUAUAGCAAACCUUUACGCCCCCAAUGUCAACCAGUUUCCUACGAAAGGCACUGAGAAGGGUUGACAAACUAAAGAAGAGACAGACGAUGAUAUGCGGGGACUUUAACUGUGUGUUAGAUCCUGACCUGGAUAGGUCAGGGGCACCGGGCUCCCACCCAAGAGACAGGCUCCUAGGGGACAAACUGACGACGCUCCUCCAUCUCCAUAAUUUGCACGACACCUGGCGGGCACUCUACCCAGCUUCUAGGGACUAUACUUUUUACUCCAGAGUCCAUGACCAAUAUUCCUGCAUUGACAUGUGCUGGGUCGACACUAAAACCCUGGAUACCCUAGCGGAGGUCGCUAUUGCCCCGAUAACCUGGUCGGACCAUGCCCCCCUCACAUCGUCAUUCUCCACACUACACCCAGUCCGAGGGCGGGGACAGUGGAGGCUCACUGAGUCUCUCAUAGACGACCCCGAGAGGGCCUCUGUGAUCAGGAGAUCACUAACACACUACUUCGAAGUCAACCACUACACUUACACAAGCGUUACCACGACUUGGCUGGCCCACAAGGCAGUCACUCGUGGAGCACUCAUACAGAUGGGGGCAAAACUGAAGCGCCAAUUAUCUGAGAAAAGUGACUCCCUACUGAAGGAGUUACAGUUAGCCGAAACACGACACAAAGCCUCACCCACUGAACCCCAUAGACUUGAAGUCCAAAACAUCAGGUCCACAUUAGAAACACUACAAAUGCAACGGGUCGAGCGAGCCAUUAGGAAGAUGAAAACAACUUACUGUAGGCAGGGGAACAGGGCGGGUAAACUGCUGGCCUCUCAGAUCAAGGCGAGAAUCUCCCAGGUAAAAAUCCCCUAUGUCAAGAAUGAUCAUGGAACCAAAGUCAUGAACCCCAAAGCGAUUGUAGACGAAUUUGCUACGUUUUACGCAAAAUUAUACAAUCUCUCCGGGGAUUCCACCCAGCACCAGCCCACUCCUCAGAACAUCGCCACCUUCCUAGAGGGCAUACACCUUCCCCAGCUCUCCACCGUGCAUGCCACAGCGCUGACAACUCCGAUACUACCCGCCGGGACACCCCGAGGCAUAAAGCCCCAGGACCGGACGGCUACUCCGUACACUAUUAUAAGGUGUUUGAGGACCAGCUAAUCCCCCAUCUCACGGCACUAUUUAACCACAUUCUAGACACGGGUAACAUACCCCCGGAGAUGUUAGAAGCCACAAUUGUCACAAUUCCCAAACCGGGCAAACCCACAAACCUAUAUGCAAACUACCGCCCGAUCUCGCUCCUUAAUGCUGACACCAAACUGUUUGCCAAGGUCCUAGCAAACCGUAUCCGACCCCUUCUAAGCCAACUUGUCUCACCUGAGCAGUCGGGCUUUGUUCCGGGCCGCCAGGUUGAGGACAACACCAGACGAGCCCUGGACAUAAUGGAACUCAUGGACUCUGACCGUUUACAAGGCCUUAUGAUUGCCCUAGAUGCGGAGAAAGCCUUCGACAGGCUCCACUGGGGCUACAUGUCGGAGGUCCUGCGCAGGUUUAACUUUCCACCCAAAUUCUUGACUGGACUCUUAUCCCUGUACACUUCCCCUCGAGCGACUGUCAUGAGCGCCGGAUUCGUCUCUAGACGCUUUGAUCUGACGAACGGCACACGACAGGGCUGCCCACUCUCGCCCCUCAUUUUUAUCUUCGCAAUGGAGCCCCUAAUCCACAAAAUCAAGGCAAACCCUAACAUCACGGGGGUCCCCUCCCCAACUGGACAACACAAAUUAGCAGUGUUAGGCCGAAUAAAUGCCAUCAAAAUGGUCAUCCUUCCACAAAUACUAUUCCUUUUCAGGGCCCUACCGAUUACCCUCCCUAAGUACACCCUCCAAAGCCUUAUUAAUGCGCACAUAUGGAAAAGAAAACCACCAAGGGUAUCUCUGGCGAACAUUAGUAUGGUCAUGGGAGGGGGCGGGGUGGGAGUGCCCCACAUAACCAAAUACUAUCUAGUGACACACCUGUCCCAGAUGGCACGCCUCCUGACUUCCUCAGACUACCCAAAGUGGUACCAUCUGGAGAGCGCAUUCAGCGCACCUCUAUCCCUCGGUGACCUACUGUGGAUUCCGACAAAGGCCCAACCCCACCAUCCCAAGAUACUCUCGACAUCGAAGGGAUCACUUCAGGUGUGGCUCAGAUGGGCCCCAAAAAUGACUGGUGGGAAUAUAGAAGCCCUUGCCCCGUUGACUAGUCUCCAGCGACACACUUAUGACCUCCCCCUAUUUUGACACGAUGUGCCUGGGCCAAAAAAAAAACAAAAAGCCACUGUCCCUAUGUUAUCACCGCCUACUAGAUUUAGACAGACCAACAAAACAAUCCUACAUGUUACAGUGGGAAAGGGAGCCGAACGGUACCUUUGAGCCGCACAGAUGGGUGGGGGCCAUGUCAUUGGUAAAAAAAAAGCCACACACUGUCUAGACCAUGUAGAAGCGGCCUACAAGUUGUGGCUUCGGUGGUACUAUACGCCUCAACGGCUGGCCGAAAUAUACCCGGGCAACGUGCUGGCGAUGCAAUCAACAAGAAGGCACCCUAAGCCAUAUAUUCUGGUACUGCCCUGCACUCAGCCGAUACUGGCAACAAAUUCAAGACCUGAUAAAACUCAGAGUAGGGAUACACCUGCCGCCUGCCCCUGAACAUUACCUGCUCCAUAUGCUACCGCUCGACAUAACAGCCCACGAGGCUUCACUGAUCACCCACAUCACACUCGCUGCAAAGCAACGGAUAGCUGCCCUAUGGAAAUCCACCCUGGCACAAGACAUACAGUCGGUAAUUGCCAAAGUGAAUCUCACCCAACAGUAUGAGAAGAUGUCGCACACGAUUUGCGGUACCCUCCUGAAAUAUAAUCGCACUUGGUCCAAAUGGUAGAUGGUUGUGACACCGAGGUGACGAACACCUCCCUCUAAUACAUAUGAAUAGGGGAGCAUCUCGUACCCCCCCCCCCUUCCUAGUUCACGCCCUCUCCCACCUACUUCCACCCCCCACUUUUCCCAAGAAACUAAGGGUUAUAGCCGCGUUGGCAAGCCUUUCCAACUCUGAGGAGACCAGUAGAGUGGUUACGGAAUGAACAGCCUAUGGAGUUACUGUAUAUGUGACAUCUUGAAGCACCGCUUAAAUACUUAUGUAACCAGAAAUUAGUUACUACUCAGAUCUGUUACUGUACCUGUUUUCUUAUGGCUCCAAUGUAAUGUAUUCUACUAUGUGAUACAAUGGUGUUACACCCUUAAUAAAAAUGAUAAAUAUAAAAAAAAAAAAAAAUAGAAUUAUAUAUAUGUGUGUGUGUGUGUGUGUGUGUAUAUGUAUGUAUGUAUGUGUGUGUGUGUAUGUAUGUAUAUAUAUAUAUAUAUAUAUAUAUAUAUAUAUAUGAUAUAUAUAUAUAUAUGAUAGACAUAUAUUAUAUAUGUAUUAAGGCAAUUUUGCCUGGAUUUGUGGGAGGUGCUGGUUUGCUACCCCUAGCCUACUUAAGGCACUCCCCUUACCUUGCUCCUUACCGUUCGAGGUCAGCGUUGAAUGAGUAUCCACUUCCGGGUUCUCUCAGACGCCAUCUUGGUUUUUCAGUAUCCACGAGAUUUUACCGCGGCAAGCUGUGUCCAGGAAUCCUGUUCAGGCCUUUUCCGUCCGUCCAGCUUCUUCUUACCCUGGUCAUCGUCGUAGAUCGCGUCCCAGGGACUCCUAAACCGUAAGUCAGACCUACCUGUCACGCCAGGACCGGUUCCCACGGCGCACGGUACAGCACGGGUCCUCGCUUUACGUUUUUUCUGCACAGUCGUAUUACAUAGCCUUUCGCGCGGCUUCAUUUCGUACAAAUUGUUUGGUUAAAUUCAUGCGUAUUAGAGAAGUGAUCAGCUCGCACAACUGUUUUCCCUUGCUUCAUUUAAACGAUUAUCAUUUGGUUGUGUUUUCCGUUCGGCACUUAUUCAUGUUAUAUUCAUGCAAGAUUGCUGUUCGCAUUAAAGUGCAUACGUUUAAGCUAUUCGUGCCUGUUUCAUGAGUUACAUUUCAUCAUUUCAUGUAUAUACAUUUGGUUAAAUAGUUGCUUGUUUAAAUAGACAGACCAUUUUCAUUGCUAUUUUAAGGUAUCACUUAUUACAUCAAGGGCAUGAAACCAGCUAACAUUUCUGUAUGGAUCAUUGGACUCCCACUCUUACAGGAGUUUUUCAUAAAUUAUCCAUUUCAUUUCAAUUAACUCAGCCAACGUUACAGGCCUCAUUUCUUUGUUAUGACCAUGACACAUAAGGCAUUAAUUCCUUUUCAUGCAUACUUGGGUUGAAUCACACGUACUGAUCCAACCAAUCAUACAUUUCCUGCACAGUAAUACAUAUAUAUAUAUAUAUAACCUACAUUUUAUGUUUCCCUUAACUUAUAUGGUAUCAACAUUUUAUUUUCAAUCAUACGCCAGCAAACCAUAAAAACAUUGCUGCUACAGGCUAUAAGUCUGUUUUCUUUCCAACAAUCCACACUCAUCAUACUACUCUCUUUUACACAUUUCAGGCUGUCAAGCUUAUAUAUAUAUUUGCUCCACACGGUUUUCAUGUGAAUUUGUCAUACUACCAGGUACGUACACCUGCUCAUAUGGUAUUCUACCAUACAUUUCAUUUCGGCCCCCUAGGUUAGAGUACUGGCAAUAGGGUCACAGGCUUCCCAAUAGGUAUUUACCCUGUCUUGGCAGUCGCCAUCAGUUACUGGUCCCGUGAGGCCAACACCCCGCCUCAAACGUUUCAGAGGCAAACACCCAUCGGGCCACACGUUAGCUAGCCGCCUCACAUGUUGCAUAGAGAGGGCCUCACCUGUCACUCCCUUCCCCUGUUUUCUGUCUUACAGUCACCGAGCCUAAAACUCCUGCCACUACGAUGAGUGGCCUCAAUAACCCCUCGCGCCAACGCAUAGAUAGAGCCUCUCAAGCCGCUUGGCAAUUAGCAGGGCCUCAUCUGUCACCAAACAAGUAUAAUGUUUCGCCAUCCGGCCUAGCUAGCCUGCCAGUACAAUUUGGUGGUUUCAUAUACUAAUUAAUUGUUUUAUUUAUAGUAUGUCUCAAGAAAGGGUAAAGGAUUUCUCCCUGCCUAGCACCCCGGCUAGAGCUGUCUCUCCCACACAAGGAGGAGAACUAGCUAGUCCAGCAUCGAUCAGAUCCUGGACGAUCCCGCGUAUAACCACAGAAUUAAGGAGACGACAAAUCCCCUACCCCGCUACAGCAAGGAAAGCAGAACUUUUCAAACUGCUACUCACAUCUACAAAUAACAUGGAUGCCGGGGAAGGACCUAGCCAGUCCAACCCAGGAGACAUACAUGCCAUGUUAUCCUCACUCAUGGCGUCCAUGAGUAAGGUCAACUCCAGGCUGGAGAAACUUGAGUCGGUCACCACGGCCCUUACUCUAGUAGGGCCACCCGCUGCUGCUUCACAAGCACCAGCCGACUUGCCAUUAGUUGCUCCAGCCACCACCCUGGAUGACCAGGAAGUUAGGCUGGCUCAUAUGAUACCUGAGCACAUAAAAAGGGAUAUCCUGGAAGGUAAAGACGUCAACCUGGCUUCUCUACUGAUUGCCUCCCAGGAUAUUGUGGAGAAUAAGACUUAUGCUUAUGAUGAUGUGUCUGUUGUUGUCAGAUCAAGGGACGUCCGCCUAAACAGGAAAUUGACUAUUCCCGAGUUUGUACUGGCCUUUGGUAUUUACCGAGAUGUCAUCUGUAUGGUCUAUCCCAAUAGACGAGAGGAAUUUGAUCUCUAUAUGCACAAGCUGGUAGACCUGGGCAACAAAUAUGGUGGUUCAGCCUUCUAUGACUACCAUAGGUCUUUUUCUGCAAACGUGUCUGGAGCCUUCUCCCAGUACGGAAGACGAUCCAGCUGGGGAAGGAUUGAUACCGUCAUUUUUUGCAGACACUUUGCAGGUCUAAGAACACCAGCUUGUGCAUACUGCUCCUCCACAGCCCAUGCUACAAGGAGCUAGUUCCAGAGAAGUUGUCAAGAGACAAACUAGGAUGCCCAAUCAAGUUUCUGGGCAAGUCCCAGAUAUGUAAUAAUUUCAAUGUUGGGUCUUGUAAUUACAGUGCAUGUAGACUAUUGCAUGUCUGUUCAAAAUGUUUUAGGGCACAUGCAAAGACCAUGUGUCCAAAUAAAAUGUAUUCCAAGCCUUACCUAACGUCCAUUAAUAUGCCAGUAUUCACGGCAUUUAUGUCUCAGCACCCAUCUAGACACCUAGUAGACUUUCUCAUCUCUGGUUUAACAGAAGGCUUCCAUACAGGUAUCCUACACAUACCAGCCGGAACUCUGGGAUGCCCUAAUCUACAGUCCACCCAACACAACCCCACAGCGGUUGACACCCUCAUAGCCCAAGAAGUAGAUGAGGGUUUCGUAUUGGGGUCUUUCAAAACUCCUCCAUUCAUAGAAUGGCGCACCAACCCUAUUGGUAUUGUCACAGGGAAAUCUUCCCAAAAACAGAAACUCAUCAUUGACUUAUCGGCACCCCACUCAUCGGCCAACCCCAGUCUUAAUUCCCUCAUACCCUCUGAGGAAUUCUCUCUGCAAUACACCACCAUAGAUCAUGCCAUUACCGCUAUCAUACAAGCAGGGGUUGGAGCCUGGCUCAGUAAGACCGACAUUACUAACGCCUUUAAAUUACUACCAAUCCACCCCACACUGUGGCACCUGCAUGGCAUCAAGUGGUCCAGGAACUACUAUUUUUCUCCCAGUUAACUUUUGGGUCCAAAAGUAGCCCAGCUAUUUUCGACACAUUUGCCGAAGGAUUAUGCUGGUUACUAUUGAACAUAGCCAGAUGCCCUACGGUACUACAUUACCUGGAUGAUUUCCUACUGAUCGAGGAGAAUACUUCGCCUCCUACUAGUCUCAAAGCUACCACUAAGCUAUUUGAGCAACUAGGUGUACCUAUCUCCCCAAAGAAAACAGAGGGGCCAGACACGGUUAUCACUUUUCUGGGUAUCCAACUAGACUCCGCCACAAUGCAAGCGAACCUACCACACGAUAAGAUAGAGAAUAUUCUUACUUACAUCAACAUCUACCUUCAGCUCGGUACUUGCAACCGCAAAGAGCUACAGUCCCUGCUGGGGUCACUAAAUUUUGCUAUGCCCAUCAUACCUCAAUACCUCAAGGCCGCUCCUUUAUAUCACGACUAUUGCAUCUUUUCCCACAUUUCCUACAUGACACGCACAGGUUGUCCUUAGAUACCCAAGCUACGGCAGAUCUAAACAUGUGGAAGAGAUUUUUAACCACUUGGAAUGGUAAAAGUAUGUUCCUCCCUCAAUUGACUGACUCAUCUCCUACCAUUUGGUCAGAUGCAGCAUCUAUCACUGGUUUUGCAGCAAUUUUUGGGAGUGAAUGGCUUUGGGGAAGCUGACCUUCAGCAAUUCAGGAUUUGGAAGGUUUUUCCACUACCUCAGUUCUUUUUGAGAUCUACCCCAUCGUGACGGCUGCCGUAUCAUGGGGUCAUUUAUGGGCUAAUAUGCCAGUGCGUUGUUACUCAGACAACCAGGCAACCUGUCACAUCAUCAACAAAGGUCGUUCCAAAUCCCUUACGAUCAUGAGAUUUCUGAGGAAACUCACUUGGUUGGCAGCUUGUCAUAAUUUUUUCCUAUGUUGUUUCCAUGUUCCAGGUGUAUGUAACACAGCUGCUGACAAUUUGUCUCGCUUUAAAUUUCAGGUGUUUCAUCAAGCACUCCCGUCAGCUGCGCCCACAGCCACCAUCACUCCAACAUUUCAACAACUCAUACUUGGACUAGAAACCAUCAUGCAGCAAAGCAGGACACUGUCCCAACUGGCACUUUCAUACAAUACACACAAAACAUACAACAGGGCUUUCACGCUAUUCAAAAGAUUCCUUCUGGAACAUAACAUCAUGCAACCAUUUGUUAUGACAUCUUUUUUGGGGUUUGCUUCCUCUUUCCACCUUAAACUUAAGAUGUCAUAUAACACCAUCAAACUCUAUCUCCCUGGCAUUCAACACCACAUACUAAUCUUACACCCAAAUAACAACAGUUUCAUGGCCUCUCACCAAAUUAAGACCAUACUCAGAAUUUUUUAAUGACAAGCUUUCGGGUGAACCUCCCUUUCUCAAGUCUGUCAGAAAUGCUUCAGACUUGAGAAAGGGAGGUUCUCCCGAAAGCUUGUCAUUAAACAAUUCUGUUAGUCGGGGGGCGGGACUUCCGGUCUCACAGAGUAGUUGCAUGGAGUGAGAGCUCCGAGACCGGACCGGACUAUACCGACGAAAUACACCGGCUAUUGGACGGAAGAGUGCCCUCCACUGAGUCCCGAACUUGUGGGGACCCUACCCUGCCGAAUGGCGCCCCCAAAAGCACAGCGGGCGUCUGAUUUUUUACGACAAGGUAGGAGAGACAAAACGCGGCCAGGGCAAGAUGGCGGCGGCUCACACUCCCCAACACCUGCCUCAGAUCAGGGAUCCGACACAGAGGCACUUCAGCCUCCCUCUGGAGAUAUAUCUCUUUCGGAGGCAAAAAUGGCGGCAAUGCUGCAGGAGCUCCGCUCCUCCAUGAAAGAGGACUUACAACUGGUGGUUAAUGACAUCCGCAGAGAGGUGCACGAGGUGGGGACACGCCUAAACGUCCUUGAGGAGAAAACAGAUGAUUUAUGCCAGGCUAAUGACGGCAUCUUGGAAAAGAUCUGUCUAAUGGAGUCGGAGCAAGCGCGCCUAACAGCCAAACUGGCGGACCUAGAGGACCGCUCGCACCGCAAUAACAACAGGGUGCGCGUCCCGGAGUCUGUCGCAGGGUCGGAUAUCCCAGGGUAUCUUCAGCAACUUUUCACAGCUAUCCAACCUAACCUAGAACUGGCAGACCUGCGCUUAGAUAGGGCGCACCGGGUACCCAAGCCCGCUUCGUUAGCACGCGACAUACCGAGAGACAUUGUCACGAGGCUACACUAUUUCAGCGCCAAAGACGCCAUACUCAUGGCGCAACGAAAAUCUACGGCAAUGCCAUCUGGCUAUGAAAAGAUCUCCCUAUUUGCUGAUCUGUCCCCUAUGACGAUGGCGAGAAGAAGAGACUUUAUAAAUGUCCCUAAAUGCCUCCGGAACCACAAGAUCCCCUACCGAUGGGGAUUCCCCACGAAAUUGCUGAUCUGGAGAAAUGGAACCCUAACAAAGCUGGAUGACCCAGACCAGGGUAUGCACAAGCUGAAAGCCUGGGGACUCUUCCCGGACCGCGCGCCGCCCAACCACCCAGCAUCCCCAGGACAGGUGGUCCAGGAGUGGACCAAAGUCCAAAGGAAGAAGUGAAUGAUCUGCUCAGCCCUUCCCACUGCAACAGACUGUCCAGGCUAAGCUGCCAGGUCGACUGGUGCCUUGCAAGGUGAAGACGUCUCCGCCUCUGUAGCGGUAGAGACUUUAGCUGGACUCACCCCCUUUUCCUUUACCUCGGGGAAAAGCCUAACCGGUGUUUGCAGUUUGAACCUUCACGUGAGUACAUGUGACAGGAGGUGGCCCAUAGGACCCCCCCAUAGCUGACACACUGCUACCCCAUACGCUGCACUCUAAAGUCUUAACUACACGCAGCUCCCACCGGCAACAAGGUUGGCCUUAGCUCCUGGAUGUCCCGACCAAAUCAAUCCCUAUAUAACCCGAGGCACCCUGAUGGCAUGCCUAGUGGCACGGCUCAUCUUAUCACGAUUGCCAGCUCUACCCCCGCAAACACCGGUGGCUCCUAUACUUGCUGUGGUGGCGCAAGGGGUGCCGCAAAGUGCCCAUGAUAUACCCGACAUAAGACCCUUUCCUUCCCUUUAUUCAUACAGUCCACCACCGGUCAUGGACCCUCUCCACAGAGGCCCCCCCCACUGCCGAGACAACCCUCUGUGGUGCUACCUCCCCCCAACACAAGAAGAAAGGUGCACCCGCGGACCAGUCUCCACAUAAUGCUGUCAAGCUUAUUGAAUUGUAUAUACUUUUGUUAUGUUCACUGUUUUUUAUCCCCAUGUUGCACUCUACCUUUGAAUAUGUACCCCAUUAGAGAUGUCGUUCACCCUGGACCUCAGAAGCACUGGGAGAUCAGGGACGCAACCCCCCUUCACCAAAGAUUACCACCUUUGUCAGUGAAUCAGUUUGGUAAAUGCUGCCUCGGAAGCACCGAGGCCCCCCCCCGGUCUCAGCUGAUGUCUUCCCAACAUCAAUUCAAUGUUCUGUCCUUAAAUGCCCGAGGCCUGAACACUCUGCAAAAACGCAGGCUUGCCUUCUCCCAGCUCCGCGCCAUGCAUGCUUCAAUAGCCUGCACACAAGAGACACACUUCUCGGCUAUAAACCCCCCGAAAUUCCUCUCAGCCAGGUACCCCACCUCCUACCAUGCCCUAGCGCCUAAUAAAACCAGGGGAGUCAGUAUCUUAAUCCACUCGGAGUGGGCCUUCACGUGCACGACAGAGCAUAAAACCGCUGAUGGUAGGCUACUGAUUCUGGUGGGGAGGCUAAACGAUAUCCCAGUAACCUUAGCAAACCUUUACGCCCCUAACUCCAACCAAUAUGACUUUAUCAGGAAAUCCCUAAAAACGCUGGACAGGAUAAAACAGGGCCAAACCUAUGUCUGCGGAGACUUUAACUGUGUACUUGACCCAGACCUGGACAGAUCAGGCACUCCAGGCUCCCACCCUCGCUCUGUAUCUAUUGGUGACAGGCUCUCAGCUCUCUUACACUCCCAUGGCCUUCACGACACGUGGCGCUCCUUAUACCUGGCCACCAGAGACUAUACUUUCUACUCGAAAGUUCACGACCAAUAUUCCCACAUAGACAUGUGCCUGGUGGAUGAGAAGUCCCUGGACACUCUGACUAGGGUCACCAUCAACUCAAUCACCUGGUCAGACCAUGCCCCUUUGCUGUCCUCAUUCACCACUUUACAUCCGGUGAGAGGACGAGGCACGUGGCGCCUCAAUGCAUCCCUCAUAGACAGCGCUGAACGGGCUGUUGAGAUAAGGAAAACCAUAGUGAACUACUUUGCGGACAACAAGCCCCAAGACACAACCGUAGCCACGACGUGGCUGGCCCAUAAGGCCGUGAUACGUGGAGCACUGAUUAGGGCUGGAGCGACACUAAAACGCAAACUAGAGGAAAGCUUAGGUACCUGAGACAUGCAGAGGACCUCCACAAAUCCUCACCCUCUGACGUGACAAGACAGGCUGUUAAUAAGAUUAGAGCUGACUUAGAAGUUCACCAACUCCAGCGAGUAGAGAGGGCUCUCCGCAAACUCAAAAGCGAGUAUUACAGACAGGGGAACAGGGCAGGGAAAUUGCUGGCCGCCCAACUGAAAGACAAACACGCUCAAAUGCGCAUACCAUAUUUAGUAGCUAAUACCGGGACGAAACUGACGAACCCCAAGCUGAUAGCGGAUGAAUUUGCGACAUUUUACGGUGCCCUCUAUAACCUAGCGGAGGACCCUCUACAACACCAGCCGACCCCAAUGGAGAUAGCCGCCUACUUAGACAAAGUGGAACUCCCCCAGCUCUCCAGCGCCCAAGCCUCACUACUCACCAGCGCAAUCACUCCAGAGGAAAUCUCAAAAGCACUUAGAGAAACCCCCCGACAUAAAGCCCCAGGGCCUGACGGCUUCCCCGCUCACUACUACAAAACCUUUGAGGACCAACUCCUUCCCCACAUGACCUCCCUGUUCAACAACAUCAUGGAGUCAGGUUCCAUACCCCCUGAAAUGCUAGAGGCCACCAUAAUUACUAUUCCCAAGCCGGGCAAGCCCACUGAAUUUUGCGCAAACUACCGCCCUAUCUCCCUGCUUAACGCGGACACAAAGCUCUUUGCCAAAAUCCUAGCCAAUAGAAUACGCCCCCUCCUGGGUACACUUGUUUCCCCGGAACAAUCGGGUUUUGUCCCGGAACACCAGGUAGAGGACAACACAAGACGUGCACUAGACAUAAUGGAACUCCUGACGGUACAGAGAACACAGGGACUACUAAUAGCCCUUGACGCGGAGAAAGCCUUCGACCGGCUACACUGGGGCUACAUGACGGAAGUCCUCCGCAGGUUUGGAUUCCCCGAAAAAUUUCUCAAUGGCCUCCUAUCAUUAUAUUCCUCCCCGACAGCAGUGGUUGUGAGCUCCGGUUUUACCACUCGACGCUUUGCCCUGACGAAUGGCACAAGACAGGGAUGCCCACUAUCGCCCCUUAUCUUUAUCCUGUCACUAGAACCGCUAAUGCACACAAUUAAACAGGAACAGCGCGUCACUGGUAUCCCCUCGCUAAUAGGUCCCCAAAAAAUAGCCGCCUUUGCUGACGACAUCCUAAUAUUUCUGACUAACCCGACAGAAUCACUGAAGCAUCUCCUAUUCCUUGACUAUGGCUAAGUGUCUUAUUACAAGAACAACGAGGCAAAAACUCAGGUACUACCCUUUAACGUGACCCACUCUAACCUUGCCGCCCUGCGAGCUCAAUACCCCUUUGACUGGCGGAAAGACAAUCUCUCCUACUUAGGCACAAAGUUGGCACCCUCGAGACGCAACUUACUCCGACACAACCAUGACGCCUUGCUAAAUAAAACAGAGGCGCUGCUGGAGAGCUGGGGGGCAAAAAACACAUCAUGGCUGGGACGCAUAAACUCCAUAAAAAUGAUCAUACUCCCUCAAAUAUUAUUCCUCUUUAGGGCCCUCCCCAUCGAGAUACCAAAGGUGCUACUACAACGGUUCCAGCGUCUGUUAAACGUACACAUAUGGAAGAAGAAACCACCUAGGGUUUCCAUGGCAAGCACAACCCUGGCCAUGGGGAAUGGGGGACUGGGUGUACCCAAUAUUUCCAAAUACUACAUAGCCACGAACCUAUCCCAAACAGCAAGAUUGCUGAUAACCCCAAACCGCCCCCUGUGGUACCAAUUAGAAACGGCAAGCGCUACGCCCCAUGCACUAUUAGACUUACUUUGGGUCCCGACCAAAUUGCAUCCACGCGACACAAACAUGUUAGUGACCACAAAACACUCUCUUCGCAUAUGGCACAGGUGGGCCCCGAAACUGCUAGCCCCCAUGACUAGCCUGAAGUACCUCACACAAGAUCUGGUUCUAGAUGGGUGGUUAGCACAGGGGAUAGAGAGGGUAUCCCAAAUAAUGGAGGGCAAUGAGAUCAGACAAUUCCCAAUACUUCAGCGGACCUUCCUCCUCCCGGGUAGGGAGCUCUUCACCUACCUUCGUAUUAAGCACAUAAUGCAGGGGAUCAAACAAGCAGCACCCGACACCAGAGAGCCGGGCUCGUUCGACACACUGUGCCUUAGACGAAAGACCCAAGCAAAACCACUCUCUCUAUGUUAUCAAAAUCUCUUAGGGAUGGGCAAGACUGAUAAGUUAAGCUACAUGGUGCACUGGGAAUCUGAACUCAAUAGCACAAUAGAGAGUAGUAAAUGGUCCGCAGCGAUGGCACUUGUGAAACGAGCCACACACUGCCUAGAUCAUGUUGAGGCGGCCUAUAAACUCUGGAUGAGGUGGUAUCUCACCCCACGGAGGCUGGCACUUAUAUACCCAGGGGCACAACAGGUUUGCUGGCGCUGCUGCGCACAGACGGGUACUUUGAGCCAUAUCUUCUGGCACUGUCCAGUAUUACACACUUUCUGGAGGCAGGUACAAAUGUUACACCAAAGCAGUAUACAGAAAAGGAUACCAUUCACUCCGGAGGCCUACCUACUACACAUGCUUCCCAAAUCACUGACCCAUCCGCAGGCGGUGCUGACCACCCAUGUUACCUUAGCAGCCAAACACUGUAUAGCUUCCCUCUGGAAAUCAACCUCAGCUCCGGAAAUAACAGUAGUAGUUAACAGGAUAAACCUCACGCAGCACCUUGAGAAAAUAGCGCAUACGAUCCAGGGCACCCUAGCACGAUACAACCUGAUCUGGUCUAACUGGUCUGGACAAUGAGACAAAAGCCCGUGUCGAUCUAGGAUAGCGGAGUAAAAAUAGAAAUAAGGGACCAACCCACCCCAGAUGUACGAGAAAAAGGAUAUACAGGGAAGCCCGCUAAAUUAAAUUCCCAUAUAAGUAGAGGUAGCUGGAGAAGAGUGGCUAAACGGGCCAUCACAAAACCCAACAAGGUGUAGAGUCAUCUCAACCUCCCCCCCCCCCACCCUUACCUUUACCCGGCAGCUACCCACGCAGGCAAUGUUGUAGAUAUAAAUCUGGCGGGCGACCUAGCUAUUGGCGCCGUACACCGGCCACUGUAGUACCCCCCUCUCAUACUGAGUCGGAGGCCUGCAUGACUAGAGGAGAGUCACGCUGCGACCCUCACUGAGAGCAACGACCGUGUUUGGAGGCUGACUGCACACGCUCACUGUUUCUGGUCGUGAAUCUGGUGUAACACCUAUGUAACGUUGCUGCUCCAUAUUGUUAUUCAUGUUAAAAUCUUGUCCUAUAAGCCACAGCAACACUGUUACCACUGUCCGCUGAAUCUCUGUUGCGACCUCGAUGCACUCAUUGUGUCUGCGGCCUCUGAGGUCACGGACACAACAUUUUUAUGUAACUUACAAGCCUCAAACAGUAUUGGCUUAAUAGCUAUUCUCUCUUUGCUCAUUCUAACUCACAAAUUGCUCGAACAACAAUGUAACCAUACAAUAUGUCUUACGCAGCAUGUAUGAAAGAACCAAUAGUAUUUGUACUCGACAAUGUGGUCUGCUUAUGUGUAACUAUUUACCCUUACCCCAUUUUUAUUUCUGUACCCCUCUGUUUACAUUUUCAUGAUAAAAAACAAUAAAUAUGAUACAUUGGAAAAAAAUUCUGUUAGUCCAAUAAAAAAGGUAUUACAAGAUAAGAAUUUUAUCUGUGUUUUUUAUAUCAAAAUACACUUAGAAUGAAAUUGUAUAUAUAUCUAUGUAUAUAUAAAUAAAUAAUAAGAAAUAUACAUAUGUCCAUAUACAAAAUUACAUAAAUAUACACAUAGACUUAAAAUAUAUAAAUAUGCAUAUAUAUUUAAAUUCUAUGUGCGUGUUUAUGUAAUAUUUUUACAUAAUUAAGUAAUUUUAUUGAUUGCAAUUUGAGGGACCUGCCUGACAACCCACGCCGAAAGUCCAGAGAAUUUAAUUUGCUAGCACUGUAUUUUACCCUGUAACUUUCUAUGACACCCUAAAACCUGUACAUAGGGGGUACUGUUUUACUCGGGAGACUUCGCUGAACACAAAUAUUAGUGAUUCAAAACAGUAAAACAUAUCAUAACGAUGAUAUUAACAGUGAAAGUGACUUUUUUUGCACUUUUCACACACAAACAGCACUUUUACUGAUGAUAUAAUUGUUGUGAUACCAAAACCUUUUCUUUGCCUUAGACAAAAUCUUCUUUCUUCUAAUCUAAAAGCAUGACCUUGUGUCCAAUGGAAAGUUUGGUUUGUGAAUAGAUUUCCACACAAUAGUUUGUAUUGGCCCCGGAUAUAUUUGUAUAAUGUUAUCAUAUCCCUUCUGAGGCAACGUUAUUCUAAACUAAAUAGGUUUAAAUUUGGUAACCUUUCUUCAUAGCUGAUAUGUUCCAUUCCUUUUUUUAAUUUUGUAGCCUGCCUCUGCACUUUUUCUAGUGCCAUAAUAUCCUUCUUUAGAACAGGUGCCCAAAAUUGCACAGCAUUUUCAAGAUAUGGUCUAACUAGUGAUUUAUAAAGAGGCAAAAUGAUAUUCUCAUCCCGAGAAUGAAUGCCCUUUUUCAUGCAUGACAACACCUUACUGGCCACUGCUGAUUGACGUUGCACAUUGUUGCAUAGUUUGUUGUCUAUAACAAUUCCCAAGUCAUUUCCGUGUGUUGUUAUCUCUAAUUCAAUUUAGGGAAUACGUUGCUUAUGCAUUCUUUACGCCGAAGUGCAUAACUUUGCAUUUUUCAAGAUUAAUUUUAAUCUGCCAUUUGAGUGCCCAGUCCCCCAGUCUAUCUAAAUCCCUCUGCAGCAAAGUAAUAUCUUUAUUCACAUUGUAUUACUUUACAGAGUUUUGUGUCAUCUGCAAACACUGAAACAUGACUUUUAAUGCUUUUUUCAAGAUAAUUUAUAAACAUGUUAAAUAGAAGGGACACCACUUGCCACCUCUGUCCAGUUUGAAAAUUUACCAUUAAUGACAACUCUUUGUACUCUGUUUUUAAGCCAAUGUUCUACCCAAGAACAAGCAUUUUCAUCUAGACCGAUUUAUUUGAGUUUGAACACUAAUCUGUUGUGUGGAUCUGUAUCAAAUGCCUUGGCAAAAUCCAAAUAGAUUACAUCCACUGCAACACCCUGAGCUAUACUUCUACUUACUUCUUCGUAGAAUGCAAUCAAAUUAGUUUGAAAUGGCCUGUGCUUUGCAAAACCAUGCUGAUUUUUGCUAAUAACCAUUUUCUUCUCAAGGAAUUCUUGAAUAUUAUCCCUUAAUAAUCUUUCAAAUACUUUUCCAGCCACAGAAAUUAAGCUCACAGGUCUAUAAUUUCCAGGCAAGGAUUUUGAUCCCUUUUUAAAUAUAGAAACCACAUCUGCCUCCUUCCUCCAAUCCCCCGGAACACUUCCUGAAAGAAAAGAAUCUUGAAAGAUUAAAAACAGAGGUUUACUUAUUUCUACACUUAGUUCCUUAAGUACUCAUGGAUAAAUACUGUCAGGCCCUGGAGCUCUGUUUAUAUUAACUUUCUUUAGUUGCUGCAGCACUUUGUCUUGAGUUAACCAAUUACAAUUUUUCUGCAGGUUUUUAGCAGCAAUCAUUUCCACAUCUAUUGCUAUGGGUAAUCCUUAAUAUAUAAAUACGGAGGAUAAAUAGUUAUAAAAUAAAUAAAUAUUAAUAAAUUAAUAUAAAUAUUUUAAAAAUAUAUAUAUAUAACAUUUGGGCAGACUAGAUGGGCCGAAUGGUUCUUAUCUGCCGUCACAUUCUAUGUUUCUAUGCCUUUUCCUGGUCUUCAUUAACGAACACCCCCAUCCUAGUUUUCAGUGUACCUACACUUCCAUUUCUUGUUUGUUUUAGAAUUUAUGUACUUAAAGGACCACUAUAGUGCCAGGAAAACAUACUCGUUUUCCUGGCACUAUAGUGCCCUGAGGGUGCCCCCACCCUCAGGGACCCCCUCCCGCCCGGCUCUGGAAAGGGGUAAAACUUACCUUUUUCCACCGCUGGGCGGAGAGCUCUCCUCCUCCGAUCCUCCUCUUCUCCUCCCGUCGGCUGUAUGCGCACGCGCGGCAAGAGCUGUGCACGCAUUCAGCCGGUCACAUAGGAAAGCAUUCAUAAUGCUUUCCUAUGGACGCUGGCGUGCUCUCACUGUGAAAAUCACAGUGAGAAGCACGCAAGCGCCUCUAGUGGCUGUCAAUGAGACAGCCACUAGAGGAAAUAGGGGAAGGCUUAACCCAUUGAUAAACAUAGCAGUUUCUGUGAAACUGCUAUGUUUAUUAAAAAAUGGGUUACGCCUAGCUGGACCUGGCACCCAGACCACUUCAUUAAGCUGAAGUGGUCUGGGUGCCUAGAGUGGUCCUUUAAAAAUGCUUUGGGGUUGGUUUUGCUCUCUUUGCCCAUCAUUUUUUAAUUUUGAAGUUUAGCUAAUCUAAUUGCCGUUUUGAACACAUCAUUGGCUUCCUUAUAUCUUUUAUAGGAUGCAUCAGAUUUGUUAGCUUUAAAUGCCCUUUUCUUAUUUUUAAUCUCUUGUUUUACUUAUUUCCUAAGCCACAUUGGUUUCAAUUUGUUUUUUAUAUUUUUUACCCAAUGUUACAUACUGAGAAAUGUACCUUUCUGAAAUUUGCUGGAAGAUUUUCUAUUUAUCCUUAGUGUUCUUUUCACUAAAGAGUUUAUGCCAGUCAAUAUAUUGCGAAGCUGCCCUUAACUUAUAGAAAAUACCUUUUUAAAGUAUGUUUUAGUAUAUAGAGUUUAUUUCAAAGGACACUAUAUUAUGAGCACUAUUUCCCAAGCGCUCACCUACUUGAAUGUUGGUCAAAAGAUCAACGUUGUUUGUUAGAACCAGGUCCAGACAAGCGUCCUUUCUAGUUGGUGCUUGUACAAGUUGUGACAUGACGUUGUCAUAUAACAAGUUCAAAAACCUAAUUCCCUUUGCUGAACUACUAGUCCUUCUGUCCCAAUUUAUGUCUGGGUAAUUAAAAUCUCCAACAAUUAACAUGUUACCCAGAUUUUCAGCUUUCUCAAUUUGCUCAAACAGCUGUUGUUCCUCAUCAAUAUUAACAUUAGGUGGUUUAUAACAUAUCCCAACCAAUAGUUUAUUCCCCUUCUUUUGCCCAAGCAGAUAUUUACCCAUAAAGCUUUCACAUCUUCCUCAUCACAUUCCCCUUGCUUAAAGGACAACUAUAGUGCCAGGAAAACAUACUAGUUUUCCUGGCACUAUAGUGCCCUGAGGGUGCCCCCACCCUCAGGGUCCCCCUCCCGCCCGGCUCUGGAAGGGGGAAAGGGGUUAAAACGUACCCUUUUCCAGCGCUGGGCGGGGAGCUCUCCUCCUCCUCUUCUCCUCCCCGUCGGCUGAAUGCGCACACGCGGCAAGAGCUGCGCGCGCAUUCAGCCAGUCACAUAGGAAAGCUUUCAUAAUGCUUUCCUAUGGGCGCUUGCGUGCUCUCACUGUGAUUUUCACAGUGAUAAGCACUCAAGCGCCUCUAGUGGCUGUCAAUGAGACAGCCACUAGAGGAAAUAGGGGAAGGCUUAACCCAUUCACAAACAUAGCAGUUUCUCUGAAACUGCUAUGUUUAUGAAAAAAUGGGUUAACCCUAGCUGGACCUGGCACCCAGACCACUUCAUUAAGCUGAAGUGGUCUGGGUGCCUAGAGUGGUCCUUUAAGAUUUGGCUUUAACUCAUGGUUGACAUACAAACAUACCCCACCACCUUUCCUGUUUUUUCUGUCCUUCCUAAAUAGUGUGUACCCAUUUAAGUUAACUGCCCAGUUAUGUGUCUCAUCCCACCAUGUUUCAGUUAUGCCUAUAAUGUCCUAUUGUUUAGUGUAUGCUAUUGCCUCAAUUUCCCCCAUUUUGUUAUUUAUGCAUCUUGCAUUAGUAAGCAUACAUGUAAUACUAUCAUGAGUCACUUGUACGUUUUGUGAAUUUUUAUCAAUAUUACAUACCUCCUCUGUUCUGAGCUUUCCCCUUCCCUCUUUCCCCAUCACCCCCUCCCCCUUUAUACUGAGCUAAAGCCCAUCUCUUUUCUGUCCUAUCUCCAUUUUGUAGUUUGCUAUGACCCUAGAUUGCUAUUACUAGCUUAAAAUCUCCUCCAGCCUUCUAGCCUUCCUAUCCCCCAGCACUGCAGACCCUCUCCCGUUUAGGUGCAACCCAUCACUGCUAUAAAGGUUGUACCCAUGCGCAAAGUCGACCCAGUGCUCUAAAAACCUGAAACCCUCCUUCCUGCACCAAGACUUCAGCCACGCAUUGUCCUCUUUUAUCUCCAGCUGCCUUUCCACUGUACUGCGUGGCACAGGUAAUAUCUCAGAGAAUACCACCUUGGAGGUCCUUUUCUUAAGUUUGCUACCUAAUUCCCUGAAAUCUUCCUCUUACUUUGUCAUUGGUACCAACAUGGACCAUGACCGCUGGGUCAUCCCCAGCCCCUCCCAAUAAUCCAUCCACUCUGUCUGCAACAUGUUAGACCCGAGCACCUGGGAGACAGCAAACUGUCUGGUUGAGCCAAUCAGAGCAGCAGAUUGCCCUAUCUACCCUCCUAAUGAUAGAGUCCCCUACCCCCACAACCGGUCUAGCCUUCCUUAUAUUUUCAUUCCCAAGCGUAUUAGAGGGGCAGUUCCCUCGGCUGUUAGAAGGAACAGCUUCCUCUAAUUCAGCUACUCCUGAGCUGAUGCUCCCAACAUCUUCACCCAAACUGGCAAAUCGGCUAGGUUGCACAAAAUCAGGACUAGCUAGCCCUUUCCUCUUCCCUCUCACCCCCCGCUUCCUCGCCCCACUGUCACCCAGCUACGUACCUACUCCCCAUCUGUCUUAUCCCCUUCACUCCACUACCUGUCCCCACUAAACUCUGCUCAGUGAGCAACAGACUCCUCUCAAGAUUGUCGACCUCCCUCAAUGUUGCAAUUUGCUUCUCAAGAUCUCCAAUCUGAGCUUCCAGAGAAGCCACUCGCACACGCUUGUCACAGAUAUAAUCAGACACCUCUAAUGUACCAUAGUCUAAUAUUAAUUUUGCAGGACUUAGCACAUUAGAGAGAAGAGUAGUCAAAUGAUUUAGUUGUUAGUGCCAGGAGUUCCUGUCAAACUGUUUACAAAUAGUGAGACCCUUACUGUGCUGUGUUGGGUCCCUAUAAUCCUUCUGGUUUGAGUUUGCCUUAUAAAGCAGAAGAUCAUUUAUCUUCAUUAUCAUACCAAAUCCUACCAGGUUUAAUCAGUAUUUAUUGGCAGAGCACAAUUAGCUGUCAAUCUCAAUCACUGACUGCAGAUUUAACCUAAAAUGAGUUGGUAUGAUGACUUGAAGGAUUGAACUUUAUCAGGCCAAUGUGGACUGUGGGCACUAGAUACAGUAAGGCAAACUGUUUGACUAGUUACUGACAGGAAGGACUCUGGCAUCAUAGCCACAAAACGUGUUGUAGUGGUUGUAGUGCCUAGAGUGUCCCUUUAAAACUGGGCUUAAUUAUACAGUGCUACCAGUUAGAAUCUUGUAUUUAUGUCCAUAUUAGACAUUUCAAUAUUGCCUCAGUAUUAUUGGUGGCACAGUAAAACCUAUAAACCAUGUGAUAUAUGGUGACAUUCAUUUUCUAAUGCUUGUCUGGUAGACAUUUGGGAGUAUGUAUUUCUGUAUGUUUGUGGGAUUUUUAUCUGUUUUUAUUUAAAUUGUGUGCCAUAGUGUAUUGUGGAGGUAUGUUCCUUGAUUCCCUCAAAAAGAGGACAUAACUUAUUGUAUUCAGUUUUUUUAGCUCUAAUGUUAUAUUUUUUUUUAUAUAUUUUUUGCAGAUUCAUCACUGGAGUGAUCAUUCCCAAGGCCCAGAUGGCAUAUGACUGUACUAGAACCAGAAAAUAAAUCCCUUCUUAAGAGUUUUCACAGCACAGUCAAAUAUGUUACGCCACUGGGAAUAUGUUAAGUGGUUUGUAAACGUCACUGGAUUCCCAUAUGGAAUAAAAUGGGUCAUUUUAUAUUAAAAUGACAUUUUUGUUUGUGUUAUUUUUAUUCCAUACAUUCAAGACUGAUCAUAUCAUAUAUCCUGGAUUUCACUCAAACUUUUUUGGUCGGCAACAAAAAUGUCAACAUACUUUAGUAUAAAAAAUGGGAAAUUGUGCAAGAAGUAUGCAUUGCAUAUCCCAUUUAUUGUUUUGUAUCAUUCUCUCCCUAAGAUGAUAAUGUUUGGAGGGAGGAAUAUAUAUAUUUUUUUUUACUUUUUUUUUGUAGGUGUUUUAAAUUUGUGUGUGCACAAAAAAAGUUUAGACAGUUAAACAGCAGAGCCUUUUGUCCUUGUACUACCUGUGUACGAGAACUGCAAGCAUUUCACACAUACAGGUAUAUGGUUUGAGCUUCUCCGUUAAAAGCACAAAGUUGUGGAUAAACUAUCGUCUAUACUAUACAACUAUAUUAUAUUCAGUAUAUAAACAAAAUACACAACCCAGCGCACUCGCUCAUUCACAAAGAGCGAUUUCAAGACUCACAGAUUGUAAUAGUUUUAUUUAAAAACACCUCACCUAGGCAAAAAUAAUGGGGGUUUAGUUACAGUAUAUGAUCGUACAUUGCAUAAGCCUGCCACAACUUCAAUGUACCCUAUUCUUGGCAGGCCCUAUCCUAGCAGCCUAAUGCCUGCUCUUAUGAAUCCACUUAUUUGGGAAAUUCUUCCUUACUGGGACUAUCUGCAGGUCAAGGCUAAAUAGGACCCUUGAAUGAGGCACCCGUGACAGGGAGGGAUGCAAAACCAAGGAGUUGGCUUAGACUAUCAAAUAUAUAAAUAAAUGAAACCAAAGAUGGCUAGGGCUGCACUUGCCUAAACAUGCAUAUAUUUACAGGGUGCACCCUAUGUUCAGGUGAGUGCAGCCCU